AUGAGGAGCCGGAGCAAUUCUGGUGUCCGCCUGGAUAGAUAUGCCAAACUUGUGCAGCAAACCAUCCUCUGUCAUCAGGUCAGUGCAUUUUCGAAUUGUUGAUAGUUUUCAUACUUAAACUGGGAUUAGCGUAAGUAUUUUGAUUUUCCUAGGGAGACCUUAUGACCGCUUUUGUUCCUCAGUAUCUAAAUUUGUAAUUUAUUUAGCAUUUCAUUUACUUUAUUGCAUAGUACUGAGAAACAGGUUUUAUUUUUAUAAAUAAUUGUGCUGAAUUCUUAGUGGAAUGGUGCAGUAUAUUUGUUACAUUAUGUCUGGACUAAUCAUACUUUAGUCCGACACAAAAGUAAGCACUUUUGUCUAAACUUGCUUUGUUACUAUUUGAAUGUUUUAUCCUUGUACAGCAUUGUGUAACAUAUUGCUUCUAAUUAUGAUGGUUUACCUGGAUUCUAAAAUGUUACUAUAUUGUCACUUUUCCAGGGUAUUUAUUGUAUCUAAGUAGAUGGGUGAAUUGAAACAUAGAAUGUGACGGCAUAUAAGAACCAUUGGGCCCAUCUGAUCUGCCCAAUUUUCUAAAUACUUGAAUUAGUCCAUGGCAUUACCUUACGUCUAGGAUAGCCUUAUGCCUAUCCCACGCAUGCUUAAAUUCCAUCAAUGUGUUAAACUCUACCAGUUCAGCUGGAAGGCUAUUCCAUGCAUUCACUACCCUCUCAGUAAAGUAAUACUUUCUGAUAUUAUUUUUAAACCUUUGCCUCUCUAAUUUAAGACCAUGUCCUCUUGUUGUGGUAGUUUUUGUUCUUUUAAAUAUAGUCUCCUUUACUGUGGUGAUUCUCUUUAUGUAUUUAAAUGUUUCUAUCGUAUGUAUGCAUUGAAAUCUGAUGCUUCAUAACUCAUAAGUUCAGCUCAACAAGUAACUAACAUGUAGUCCUGGCUUAAUUCUGUUGUUGGCUUUCUUUCUUUAUAAUUCACGCCCUUGGCACUGUACACAAUGCUUUUCUACCAGCCACGGGAUUAUAGGUGAGGAGUUAGAAUUCUUGUGUUCUCUGGUUUAUUUACACAUUGAUUAAUCAAACAUGAAUGUAUAAUAUGUUUUUUCAGGUUAUACAUACAUUUCUGUCCCAAAUCUGAAGUUUGUCCCAGGUACCUGGCCUCCAGUAGGUUUCAAUGAGUGAACUGUUGAACCGUUGUGCAUAAAUUAUGUAUGGCAUUAAAGUAAUUUUGUUAUUUUAUUGAGUCCCCUCAGCUUUGAUCAUAAGUUUAUUUAGAAGGGGAAUCACUUUCAUAGUUGGAUUCCAAUCUGGAGAGCUUUGGAAAUAAAAUGAGCUUUAAUAUUCAACAAAGGUGUCUUGGAGUGUUACACAUGUCACAAUUUAUAGAUUAUAGAAUCAAAGCAGGUCUUUUUGUUGUCCAAGGUUCAUGCCAAACUUGGCCCUCUGGCAGUCAUGUACCUUUUAUUCAGGUUGGGCAUGUGGCUGGCUUCAUAAAGCAGAGCUGAAACCUGUUCAGACCUGCAUUGUUGUAUAUUUCUCAAUUAAAGGGGCAUGCAUCGUUUGACUAUUUUUGUUUUUAACCAGCAAGAAAACACUUUUAAACAAAUGUACAAACCAAAAUAAGCAAAAAGAAAAACAUUGAAAAGUAUGUAAUAAAUGUUAAUAAACUCAAUAUAAACUUGUCACAUUGCAUUAUUAGAUGCCUCGUAGCUAAGGGAGUUUCUUCAGUCCACUGAGGCAUUGGCAUGGUGCAGCAGCAGGAGAGAGAAAACAGACACCAGAUCAUUCUCUGCAUUAUCACAUUGCUCAGAUUGACUCUCUUUACCCCCUAUCAGGAUGUUUCCAGGUGAAAAGAUCUUCCAACUGGACAUGUGUAACUGUCAGAUAUGCCCAAUUCACCUUUCCAGCAUUCCAAGGGAUAGCAUACUGAUUGGUUAGAUCUUCUUCCUCCCCUAAAGUGGGUGGGGAAAGCAUAAGAAAGAAGAAACGAGUAAACAUGCAAAAAAUCAUAUUUACCUGAACUUGCAGCCUGCAGAGUGAGGCAACUGUCUCAUUCAAAGCUAAAGCUUUUGAAUGAAGCAGUUGUCUUGAAGUGAUAUGUCCCUUUAAAUAAAGUUAGUGAAUUUGAGAUCUUCAAGUAGAUGUCAUGGGUACACUAAGUUAUGUUUUAUGGAGGAGUAUUUAAAAAUAUAACCCCCCCCCAAACAUAUAUAUUACUCUGGUAUAUUGGAGUUUUCCUCUCUUCAAAACUCUUGAAAGUUUGUCGUUGAAAUAUUAUCUCUCUCUAUCUCAAAUAUAAACUUUCUUCUCCAAGCAUCAUGAUCAUUACUACCUGCCCUGGCUUAGUUUCCUUACCUUGGUCCCUGCUGGUCUUGAUUCUUUGGUAGUCCAGUUACAAGCUUUUGCAGAGAUGUGGAAGUCACUGCUAUUGUCAUUCCUUCACUAAGAAUGUCUGCUGAAUGCUCUCCUUAAGUGAAUGUAAUUCUGGGCAAUGGAAGUUACACAGAAUAAAAAUGAGCCUGGCUUAUGACACUGCAAUGAUGCUGCAGGAGGUUGAGUUACACCUUCGGCAACCUAGGCGUUGAACAACGUAUGUGCAGAGUUUCAAAGCGGAAAGCUGCACAAACAGACUCCAUGCACCAUGACCACUUAAAGUCACUUAAGUGGUCAUGGUGCUUGGAGUAACCCUUUAAAGUUGAGUACCUUCUCUUACCUAUCCAUUCUCAACAUUGAGACCGCGAAGAUCAUCCUUGCUUGCUAGAGGAGUGUAGGGAUUGAGUAUAAUCUGUUACCACUUUUGACAUUGUUGGAUAAUGUCCAUCCCUCCUCUUAUUAACAAAAAAAAGUCCCACCUUUUUUCAAACCCUAAUUAUAUCUAGUUGUGGGAUGUGUAUUCUGUAAACAUUUUCUAUACACUUUCUGAAAUAUAUUUCAAUACUUAGAGGGCCUCUAUACAAGUUUAAUUCAUGUGAUUUCGUCAUGUGGUUUUGUUAUAAUACAUAUUCUGAAAUAUAAUUAUUUAAUUUUUUUCCACAUGAUCAAAAUAGCUUUUGCACAAUGCAAAUUAAAUGAUUGGCAGAAUGCUGACCAAUAAACCUGCCUUCUGAGCUAUACCCCUACAUUCCAGUAAGACUUCUGUUUCAAAUGUAUCCAGUUCACUGGGUGUCCUAUUCUUCUAAUGCAGGUUGAUUUGUAGUUGAGAUCAUUCAGUACUGUCAGUGACUGAGGUUUGUGCAUAUAUUUGAUAAGUAAGUCUUUUUCUGCAGAGAGGGUGGUGUGGCUACGGAGGCUGGCUUAUGGUGCAGCAUUUUGCAAACCAUUUAUUUUACUAUGCACGAAAACUGUAAAGUUUUGAGCAUGCAAAUAAAAUACAGUGGGACCUCGGUUUACAAACGCCUCGGUUAACAUAGUUUACAAAUGAAAAUUAAUUGAAAAUAAUGCCCUGGUUUACAAAUUUUUUUCACAAUACAAAGCAAGUUUCCGAAGGAUGCAUGGCACCUGGGAGGUUUAUAGCACCGCCCCCUGCAUACUGGAGCCUGUGGGUAACACGUGGCGUCGAGUGUGGAGGUGUUGGAGCGGCUUUUGCAUCGAGUUUUGGAGCCAUUCUAAAAAUUGUUUGCAGUUGCUUUGGGACUUUUUGGUGCAUAUCUCAAGCUGUGGAAAGAUAGGGAGCUGAGAUUCGUCGUUUGCAUGCCUUUUAUUGUGUGUUCUAAAUUGUGGGUUGGUUUCCAUGCCAACUCAUUUUGACUUUUUUUUCUGACCUCCAGAAUGGAUUAAUUGGUUUUCAAUGCAUUCCUAUGGGAAACCGCGUUUCGGUUUACAAAUUUUUCACAAUAAGAAACGUCCCGGAGCACGCAUUAAAUUCGUAAACCGAGGUCCCACUGUACAGCAUAUUAAUGAAGCCAAAACCUGUCAAAUGCAUUAACGUUGUAUUGGUGCACGCAGUGUCCGUUGAAAACCACUUCAUUGAGUUUAAGUACCCUUAUUUUAUUUCCUUCAAUUCAGGUGUUAAUAAAGUAAAUUUCAGCUUAGCUGAUUUCCUGAUUUUGAAAUUCAUAGGAACCAUUCGUACAACCAGAGUUAUUUUCUACUGGCUGUAUUGUUUCCAUUAAUGUCUAUUGAAGCUCAAAAUAUAAAUGUAAACAUUUUUAAAUUUUAAGUUUUUCUUAUAUUCUUUCCACGCAACUGGAUGUAGAGUGGGAACACAUGGUUAAAUAUUUGUCAUUUCUGUUGAUUAACAUAACUUACAUGUAUAGUACGUAUGGGACAUGGUUGAAAAGCUGUAAUCGUGUGAUUUGUAAUGUUCCAAAAACAGCUGUGUUUGGACUGCAUAUUCCAAUACUGUGAUUAUUUAUUUAUUUAUUUAUUUCGAAAAUAUUUUACCAGGAAAGAUACAUUGAGAUUUCUCUUGUUUUCAAGGAUGUCCUGGGUCAAGAUUAUAAUGAUCCAAAUCAAAUUCUUGCUUAUGUAUGUGAUAUUUCUCUCCUUCUUUGUAUAUAAACACUAAAAAACAAAAAAAAUCUAACAAGCUUCAAUCAACUUUUUAGAAUCGAUGGAUAGCGAAUGUAAUUAUUGAAGGACACUAAAAAAAUAUGGAAUAAAAAGAUCCCAAUUGACUGUAUUAGUUUGUAUCUUUCUUCUAUGUUGGUGCGAAUGUGCAGUUAAAUGGUUUGGAUUUUGUAAUUCAAUAUCUUCUAAUAUUAGGAGAGGUGUAUAAGAGGACAUCAGCUUAAAAUAGCUGCUGUGGGUUUGUGCUCUGGCUGGUACAGUGAUAGAUUUACCGGACAGACGUGGUUUGCUACAUGACAUUGCUGAAUUGUAGUUCUAGUACAGGGACGCUGUAGUGAAAUAGUCUUUAUUCAUGUAAAUGUUAUGUGGUGAGUAUAUUUGAUUUGUAAGUGUUUCUUUCCAAAUUACCUAGUAUAAAUCUUGUGAGCUAAUGCUAUUCUUUAACUUUGCAAUAUUUUAUUAAUGCUGGCUUGAUAGGAAUGGGAAUUAUGGAGCAGAAGCCCUAUGGCAAUAUACAAUACACUACUUACAGAGAGGCCUGGAGAUGAGGAAAGGUUCCAAGGAAGGCAUAGGGUCUUUAUAGGCAAAGUUUGAUGAGAAUACAGAUAGUCAAACCAGAUACAGGAACAGACAGUCUAGACAAAGAUGCAAGGUUAGGAGCACAGACGAAAGACUGUAGUCAAAGGUGGGUGGCAGGAGUUGGAAAGCCGGGAGAGCAAAUCGGUAGCAGAUAAUUUGAAUACUGAUCCAAGGAUUCUCUGGGAUCUUUGCUGUACAGUAGCUGCUUUCUGCCUGUGCACAGUCUAGUUCAAAUUUGUGAACCAGGAUGUAUGCAGCGAUCAACUGAUUGGGUCCAGACUCUGUCCAAAGGAAGGGAGAAAUGUCUGUCCAAGCUGUAUAUGCAGCAUGUUAAUAUCACAUGCACAAAUAGGAUGGCAAAGGGGGUAUUUCUAGAAACAAAUUUUAUUAAAAACAACUCUUAUUCUGUUUUUAAAUCGGCUCUGCAUCUAGGGUAUAUUGCGCAGGCCCCCGAGGGUGACUUUGCUGUUAGGUGUCCUGUUGUAGGGGAAUGUGAGUAAUACUUACCUCAAGCUGUCCAUCAUGGCCGGUUCUCUUCCUGACACUCUUCACCUCUUGGUCCUCAAAGCUGCCAGGAGCCCACUCCAGAGUUUUACACUCACACAUGACCUGGUGGCACUCAUGUUUCUUGAAAGUCAAUUGAAUUAGUCAGAUGCCGCUGGAGAAAUGGUGAUCCGGCACUGUAAAGCAACCUUUGGUAUUAAAGCAUUCAAGAACUGUUUAACACAUCAGCUAAGAAAGCGCCAGAGACCCCUGUGCACCAUAACAACUCACUUUAGUUGAGGUUAUGAUCCCCAUACAUUUCCCUUUUAUGAAGUGGUUUUGGUGUAUAGAUCAUGCCCUUCCAGUCUUACUGCUCAAUUUUCUGCCAUUUAGGAUUGAAAUCACUUUAUGUGGCCUUAGACACACCACCCCUGGAUUUAACGUGCUCAGGCUCUUCAGUUUUCCUGAAAGAGAUUUUUUUUUUUCUCUCUUAUUGUACAGUAUGUUUAAUUUAGAUUUUUUUUUUUCUUUCCAGCUGUGCUCAUUGCCUACUAGAGCUUCCUGCAGCAUCUAUUAUGUAAUUAAAUAAAAAUUACAAACAUUAUAACCAUUACAGCACACUGUAGUGAUUAUGGUACCAGAAGUGUCUUGGUAUACCCUGCAUUGUACAGUGAUGAAAGCAUUAAAACCACCUGCCUAAUAUCAUGUAGGUCCCCCUUGUGCUGUCAUAACAGCUCUGAUGUGUUUUAAGGCAUGGACUCUACAAGACCUCUGAAUGUAUCCUGUGAUAUCUGGCACCAAGACAUUAGCAAUAGAUUGCACGGAUGUUCAAUCCGAUUGAGAUCUGGGGAAUUUGGAGGCAACACCUUGAAUUCUUUGUCAUGUUUCUCAAGCUAUUCCUGAACAAUCUUUGAAGGGUGGAUUAUUCUGCUAAAAGAGGCCACUGCCAUCAGGGAACACCAUUGCCAUGAAGCUUUGUAUGUGGUCUUCAACAAUCUGUAGUUGGGUUGUAUGUGUCAAAGUAAUACCUACAUAAAUGCCAGGACCCAAGGUUUCCCAGCAUGACCUUUCCGAGAGCAUAACCCUUUGAUUAUCGAGUAUUCCUUUAACAAAGGAGGAGUUAGGAAUUUCUUAAACAAGCACACUGUGUAGUAAGAUUGAUUUGGGGGGUGGAAAAAAAAUAAAUUAUAUAUAUAUAUAUAUAUAUAUAUAUAUAUAUAUAUCCCUUGCACCUUUGCUUACUGCGGCUUAUACUGGGGGCUGGUAUGUGACUGUCACAUACAUAGUUUGCAUUACACACUGUAUUCUUGUGAUGUAGCUUCUAAUUCCUUACCCAAAGUUGGUCGCACUUCCGAUGCUCCUUAUGGAAUUGGGAACACUGGAUGUUUCACAGAAGAUGUGCCAGUACUGUUUAAAUCUGACAUCCUUGACACUUUUAUGUUCCCACUAGUUUCAUUGUACUGUUGCCUGUAUCCAGUGUACCUUGCAGAUGUUAAAUUGCAGUUAGAGUUAUCUCACAUUUCUCCGUCCAGGAUAAAAUCACAUUGAUUUAAUGUGCCUCGAAUGCCUGUUUGGAAGUAUCUUGACAAAUAAAUCUGCAAAUUGUGCUAAGGGCAGAACUUUAGCAGAGUAGCUCUGGUAUUAUAUUAUUUCAGGACUGGUGUUAAAUCAUGAAUGAGUCGGUUACACCGCUCUAGGCCAGAUUGCUCAUUGUUUGGUUUUCCUUCUGUAUGGAUCAUUGAUUUUGUUCCUUGAACUCCAUGACUUAGACACUUAUUGUGAUUUUUAGAGUUUGAAGUAAAAUGCUGGAAAGACCUUUCACUGAGAGAUUGUCUCUUAAUAACAACUUUUUCCCUUUCUUUCAAAGGGACUGAAAAUCUUACAAUGUAUUUAAACCAUUAAAUACUGGUAGAUUAUAUAUAAAAUUAUAUAUUGUUAAAGUCAUCAAGUUUCCCAAACAAAGUUUCAAAUAAAGUUGUGGAAAAAUUAGUUUGGAGUGGUUUGUUCGAAUGGAAUUCCUUUUAAUCCACACCCAAACAAAUCGAUCCGUCAAUUCAGUAAAUAAAACUCCACAAUGAGACCCUAGAAGGAUUGAUUCAUUAUGGUGUGCAUUAAAAGGAAUUUGAUUUGCAUGAAGCACCCCAAACUAAUUUUUGAACAUGACUACUACUUAGUGAGACUAUCUGCAUCUGCAAGCAGACCCCUCGCACACCAGAAAGAUGCUGUCUUAUUCUCCCCUGUGGCAAGUGUUCUUGUCCCAUAAAAUUCUGUCCACCAGGGGACUCUGGGAUAAAUAUUUUUAUCAGGACCAAUAAUCACCAUUUCAGAGCCACUGACUGCUUGUUCACAGUCUGCAGCUUGGCACUUGGUGGAGGAGAAAUUAGCCUUUGCUAUUGUGUGGGCAUCACUUGCACAGUAGGAACUAAAUUAACACUGACAGCUCAGAACCAAGUGUUCUGGGCUGUUUGACAUCCCUGGUGGUGGCAAAUGAGUGACUUCAGUCUGCUCUAAGCACAAAGUACUUUACUUUGAAAAAUACUUAUGGUGCUUAGACUGACCUUCCCUCGUCCCCUUUUUUUUAAAUUUAUUUAUUUAUUUAUUUUAUUCUCUCUGAAAAUUUUUUUAUAAUGUGUCUACUUUUCAAUGGCUUUGCAGAAUGCAGUUACUGGACUGUUGCCAGCAAGUUGUGAAGAAAAAGAUGCCUGGGUCCGUGACAAUGUCUACACGGUACUGGCAGUGUGGGGUCUGGGCCUAGCAUACAGAAAAAAUGCUGAUCGAGAUGAAGACAAGGCAAAGGCAUAUGAGCUCGAGCAGGUACUGUUGAGGGCAAUGUAACUAUUGUAUAUUUCAUGUAAACAAUGUUUUUUCAGUGAAGAAAAGCCAACUGGUCUCACCAACUUCCCGGUAGUUAUAUGGAACAUGCACAGCAGAUGCCUUCACACUGAUAUAGGCUCUAUUUUACAUGCUUCGGGUCUCGUGGAUUUUUUUUUUUUUUUUUUUAGCUUUCACAUCUAACCAAUAUUAGCUGCCCCUCUGAUAUAUUGCUGAUGCUGUUUAAAGGUUUAGGAUUUCACACUAGCACCGCAGUUAAAAGGUCAUGUCAUAUCUCCUGUGUCAAGCAAUCUGUGUGUCCUUAUAACUAGAGAUCUCCGUCCUGCAUAAACAAGGCUGGAAAAUAUUAUUUUUGUAGAGUUGAUCUUUUAAUUGGUAUCUGCAUCAUAUGUAGCCAGUUUUUAUUGCAUAUCAGUACAUCACUACGGUUUCUAUAUUUGCUGCAGGAGUCAUAUACAGUAACUGUAUUUCUGUAAUCUAUCUCAUAUUAAGUUGAUCAUAAACUUUUUUCUAAAUGUGUGUGUGUGUGUGUGUGUGUGUGUGUAUAAUUUUAAGAAAGAAGGGAAAAUAAAUAAAUAAAAUAUAUAUUCCUGAAUUCAGUUGUUUCAAUCAGACUCAUUGCCACAGGUGUAUCAAAUAAAUCACUCUGUAUUUACAAACAUUUGUGGAAUAAAAUGAGUCGUUUUGAAGAGCUCAGUGAAUUCAGGCGUGGUACUGUGAUAGGAUGCCACCUUUGCAAUACAUUUCCUCCCUGCUAGAUAUUCCAACUGUAAGUAUUAUUGGAAAGUGGAAGCAUUUAGGAACAUAAGCAACACGACUACGAAGAGGAAGACCAUGUAAAGUUACAGAGCAGGGUCACUGAGUGCUGAGACUCAUGGUGCUUAAUCGUCGCCAACGCUCUGUUGAUUCCAUAGCUGAAGAGUCACAUAGUUCCACUGACAUUUUUAUCAGCACUGUGGGACUGUGAGCAGCUGCAUGCACACCUCACAUCACCAGGUACAAUGCCAAUUGUCAGACUGAGUGGUCUAAAGCACACCACCAUUGGACUCUGGAGCGGUGGAAAUGUGUUCUGUGGAGUGACGAAUCACGCUUCUCUGUUUGGCAGUCUGAUGAGCAAGUCCAGGUUUGGCAGAUGCCAGGAGAACUUUACCUGUCUGUCUGCAUUGUGCAAACUGUGUUUGAUGGAGGAACAGUAUGGGGCUGUUUUUCAUUGCCUCCAGUGAAGGGACAACUUAAUGCUUCAGCAUGUCAUGACAAUGUUAUGCUUCAAACUUUGUGGGUACAGUUUGAGGAAUGCCCUUUUUUAUUCCAGCAUGACUGUGCCCCAGUGCACGAAACAAGGGCCAUAAAGACAUGGUUGCAUGAGGUUGGUGUGGAAGAACUUGACUGGACCACACAGAGACUGACCUCAAUCCCAUCGAUCACUUUUUUUAGGGUGAACUGAAGUGGAGAUUGUAAGGCUGACUUUCUGUUUAAAAUCACUGUAUAACCUCACAACUGCUCUACUGGAUGAAUGGGCAAAAAUUCCCAGAGAAACCACAUUUUACCACAUUUCUCUGCAUGCUUUUUUCUGAUAUUAGGUGUUGUCCAUUUUGUAAUUCAUGUGUUAUGGUUGAUAGGUUUUUCGCCUUACAAUGACAAUCAGCAAAUCUAUUUUACACAUCAAUCCCUUUAACCCCCUAAGAACAUAUGACUUUUGAAGCUGUGUCCUUAAGUUAAUGGUGUCAGGAUGGGUAUUGGGACCUAUUUUAUGCUUUCUCAUUUUGAUUCUCACUGAUUUUCACUUUCAUUAUUAAUGUUAUGCCUGCUUACCCAACAUAGUCUCUCAGGAAUCAAAAUUGGGUCCUUGGCUUUUUGAGUUUAGGUAGGUGACCCUCACUGAUCCCAUUAUAUCACGUUUUACUUUUACGUUAUAUGUUGUUCCUUACUGAUUAUGUAGGGAUAGCUAAACUGGCUUUUAGGACAUUAGUAGGUACCCCUAGAUUAAAUUAAUGUUCCUGAUUUGUGUGCCAUAGUUAGUGGUCCUGCAAGACCAACACCCCAUCUCAUCACAAAGGGUCAUCUGCUCUUCCGGUCUAAUUCAUAGUUAAGGACUCACCUGUCUUGGCCACUUUUAUUGAUUCAAGUAAAAUUCACCAAGAGGCCACAAUGACUGGUGGCUCGCACAACCCCUCCCCUAAACAUCAGUAGCGCCAUUCAAGCCGCUUGGCACUUAGUAAGGGCCUUACUGUCACCCUUAGGUAGUAUUCUGCCUUUUGAACUAGGUAGAUCAGUUCAGAGAUUAGUUGUAGGGAAUUCUUGACUGAAAGGUCUGGUUAUUGUUUACUUAGCAUUUCUUAAGCUUCAGAGCAGGGUGAGGAUAUGUCCCUCCUUAGCACUUUUGCAAGGACUGCCUCUCCAGCUAGGUGGCGGAAUUCUGUAAUCCGUGGCUCUCUCAGAUCUUGGACAGUUCCUAGUUUAAAAGCUGAGAUAAGGCAUAGGAACAUCUUUCCCAGCUACAGCCAGGAAAGCUGAACACUCUAGAAUCAUGAUAGCGCAAAUGGAGACUCCACUGCUUGAAGGUAGCUGAGAAUUAACUAGUAAUAACAGCAUGCCAUGAUGUCUUCUGUGGUCUAUUCAAACAGUGUCAUUAACCACAGAUUGGAGGGACUCAAAGCAGCCAAUACCGAAUUACAAUCCCUAUUUCUAAAAACCCUCGUCCUGCUUUGGGUAAUGUCUGUUUUCUUCUUCUGCUGGUGGUAAUAUUAUUAAUAUUAUUAUUAUUAUUAUUAUUAUUGGUAUUUAAAUAGUGCAAACCUAUUCCGCAGCGCUUUCAAUAUUCUGAACGGGGGAGAUUUAACAAUAAAUGAGACCUUUACAAAAUGAUACAUGAACAAUGGGUAGAUGAGGACACUGCUCAGAUGAGCUUAAAGUCUAGAGGAAUAUGAUUGCACCAGCACACACGUGUUCUCUCCUAAUUUAAGGAAAGACGUUCUAAAAGUUAAAUACAUCAAUCUGGUGUCCUUACUGAUUGCUUCUCAAGACAUUAUAGAGAACAAGUCUUACACAUCACCUCACCUUGUUCAAUUUUUUAUUUCUGGGUUUUCACACUGGGCUUCUUCCCCCACUGAUACCUUGGAGUGUAAAAAAACCUGCAGUCACAGACUCACAAGCAGUGUAAACUGUUUCCACUAAAAGAGGUCAAUAACAGGUUUAUGAUUGCUCGUUGAGGACCCUCCUACAAUUUUCCACUUGGCGUGCAAAUAAUUGGUAUUGACAUCGACUACUGGGCUCCUCCUUCUUCUUCUCUUGGUCUAAAUUCUCUCAUUCCAUCAGAGGAGUUUUUCACUACAAUACUCCGUCAUUGAUAAAGCUAUUCAAGCCAUAUUUACAUCAGUUCUAGUGACAUGGCUGGGAAAGACUGAUAUGGCUAAUGCUUUCAAACUAAUACCUAUUCAUCCCUCAUGGUGGCACCUUCUUGGGUUUAUUUUGCUACCAUACUCGCUUAUGGUUCUAAGAGUAGCCCUAUGCUUUUCAGUCUUUUUACAGAGACCGGCUUCUACUGAACUAAUGCAGAUGCCCCGCAGUCAUUUAUCAUUUGGAUGACUUCCUCACUGUACAGAAAGGUCACACUCCACAUAACAUUCAGAAUGCCACAAAACAGCAAUUAGGUGUUCCAGUGUCAGCAGAAAAGACAGAAGAUCCCAGUACAAAAUUCAAAUUCUUGGGGAGUUUGUUAAAUUCAGUUACAUUGGAAGCUAACCUCCCUGGGAAAUGAGUUCAGAGCAUACUGGGAUUAAUAGAUAAAAGUUUAAGUGCAGGAUCUGGCUCUCAUAAAGAACUUCAGUCUCAUUGCAGCUCAUUAAAUUUUGCCAUGCACACAAUUCCACAGAGACAGUCAUAUCCAGACUGUCGUGUCUUUUACAGAGUCUUUCGAAUGACAGCCAUAGGAUGAUUUUAGAUACCCACAUUAAGGCAGAUCUACGGUUUUGAGAAAAUUCUUAAUUAAUUGCAACAGGGAGGCCAUGUUUCCUCCACCAUUAUCCAAGAGUUCUCCAGUAGAUUUGCGGCUAUAAUCGCGGACUUCUGCAAUUAUUGGCCACCAAGAAUAUUGAUCUGUUGGGUUUCCAUGAGGCUUCUCUGCAGUUUCAGAUUUACACUAUUGUCGCAGCAGCACACUCCUGGGGACACUUCUAGUCUGGCUAAACUGUCAAGUGUUUUUUUUUUUUUUUUUUUUAAGAUAAUCAGACCGCUCGCAAGGUUAUUAAUAAAGGACAUUCCCCUUCUCUCACCAUUAUUAGACUAAUUAGAAGACUGACAUGGAUACCAGAUAAUCUGCAAUUCUUCCUGGUAUAUAUUCCUGUCCCAGGGGUACAUAACACGGCAGCUGACUCCUUAUCAUGUCUUAAAUUUCAUAAGUUCUUUGGAGUACACCCUAUUGCCAUGAAAGAAGCCUCAGAAGUCCCGACAUUUCAAGACUUUAUAAUGGACUAGCUAGUCUUGUGCUUAACAGUAAAUAGUGCACAUGCAGGCCUCUCAGAUAACACCAGGCUCUAUUAUUAUAGAGCACUUUGCAUAUUUUGCAAUUUUAACAGAGAUUUCUAAUUGUUGGAUACAUUAUCAUGGCAUUUAUAGCUUUUUGCCACCUGAGACUAAAAUUAUCCCACAACACUAUUAAACUGUAUCUUACACGAACACAACAUGCUUACUCAGUUCCCUAAUAAAAAACACUUUGUGGCAACAUACCAAGUGAAUCCAAAGAAUUAACGGUUCUUCUACUAUGAAACGACUAACUAUUGACUGCUCUCUCUUUAGCGCUGUAUUACAUCUUUUCGAUACAACCCCGCUUGAGACUCAUACAAAUAUGUGGUUAUGACAACUGACAUUUACAUAGCCUUACGGUUUUCUCAGACCUAGAGAAAUCACAGUGGUAUCAGCAGUAGUAUCUGGUAAGAUUAGUGUUCAAUGCUUCCUAGUUUUCUGGGCACUCCUUUUAGAAUAAGUACAGCUUCUACCACUUCAUGAUAAGAUAUUCCUGUACCUACUAUUAAAAAAUUACUCUGGUGGAAAUCGUCUACAUACUCCAAAUAUAAACCCCCGACCAGAAUAUGAAAUUAAGAGCAUUUUGUGAUUUAACUUUGUAAACCUGAAUUUUGUGAUAGUCUUUUGCAAAUUUUCAUUUUUUUUGCCCUCUUUUCUUUCAGGCUUUGUCUAUUGUCCAGAACACAAAUAUUAACUCUAUAGAUACAUAUAAUUUUUUUUUUUUAUUUAAGUUUUAAUUUUUUUUUUUUCGUGCAUAAGAUUACAGACAUGCAUGAGGUACCCCAACGGAUUUCCUCAGGCUUAGUAUCACAUAUUACAAUUGGGUAGUAGAUAAAACGUGCACUUUUUAUAAUAUUACUGACGAAAAUAACUGUACUAGGCUAGCAAACAAUGGUUAAAUCGAUAAGUAUAAGACAGAGCAUAUGCACUGAGUACGUUUAGCUAUGUGGAUUGGCUCGAUAGUUAGACAUUUAGUUUAACAUAUAGCAGGUAUUAGAAGCUGACCACAGAUCCUAAACAAGCUAGCAUUCAUCUGUACUGCACAAGGUUAAGAUGGAACAUAGUUAAUAGCAAAUCACUGUAUUAGUAGAGAGACCAGUAGAGCCAGAGAUAAGGGCAUAACAUGGAAUGUCAAAGCUAGCUGAUUUCAGGGGGCGCAUGGGGGUUUGACGGGUCGCUCCAUGUGGGGAUGCUAGUUUCACCCAAUGCCCAGACUUGGAAGUGUAUAGGGAUAUGCGGUGGUGGAUAGUGGCCCUCCAGCCCCAGGCUGUCAUGAAGGCAUGCAUCCCAUAACCACAGACUCAAAUACGCUCAACUGAGGCCAGGUCUAUCCCUAUUGGGAUCCAGCCGAAGCUCCUGUUGGUCUGUUGCCGCCUGCGGCGGUGGACCUUCCGCCACCGUGGUCGAUGCUACAGGGGCUUAGCCCUGUGGGCCUUCAGCUUAGGCAGGUGUAUGGUGUGUGACUUAGAAGCUUGUGGGUAAGUUGCGCCUGGAGGGGUCCCAGUCCACUCUCAUUUUGCUCCGCUUCUCCCGGUCUUGGGUUGAUGAUUCUGCAAGUCGUGCAGCCAAUUGUGCCCAGAAAUGUGUGAAGUGCUCAUUUAUGUGCUGUAUCAUGCGAUCGAUAGGGCAUUGUUGGGCCACCGCAUGCUGCUGCUGCUCCUGUGUAGGGUUGGGAUGCGCUUCCGCCAUCUUGGAUCUGCAGUGAGCAGUGCUUGUGUCGUUUCAGUCGCCUGGUUGUGCAGAGUUAUGUGAGUUCCACCCGUGCGGACCGGGAUAACCCCCGCCGGUCCAAAGGGUGGGGGGUGGAGGGGAGUCAUUUGCCAUGCCGAGUUGCUGUAUUCAGCUUGUGGACACAUUUCCUCAGCUCUGCUUCUUACAGGCUGCAAUUUACUGCCGCGGUUCCUGGUGGUUUUGAGCCUCCCUUCAGGUGGCCACCGAUGCGUUGGGGUGUCCCUCUUCUGGAGAGCACCUCAGAGUUAAGUUUGUGGCUUGAGAUAUUGCUGCAAAACUGCAAAAUUUUAAUGCAGACCCUGUGUAAAUGAGCAGACUCCAGCUAUUAAUAUGUUUUCUUUUCUGUGCCAUACAUGCCUCACUCUCCUCUCACUCUCUUAUAACAAGCAACAGCUACAUAGUCAUGCUUAUUAGGCUUGCACUAUAUCUAUUUUUUCAUACACUCAUCUUGCCUACUAAAGCACCUUAAUUGCAAAAUUGAUGCAUCUACAUAGCAUGCCAUAGCAUCGUUUUCCGUUGUGUUUCUUCCUCGCCUGCCCUGCUGUGUUGGUGCCACAAGCGUAUAUGUUUUACUUAGCAUGCACCCACUACUCAUGCUAUACUUACCUUAACACUUAAUCCAGAAAUGCGAUGUAUAGCCUGUAACCUAAGCAUAUUAUAAAAUUUAAAAAAUCUCCAAGCUAGCAUGGAACAUAUCCUUAUCAAUGUUAUGCUUUAAUAUCCCUAUACACCAUGCUUACUGUUACCUACUACUAUAAUUCUAAAAAUGUGCUGUAACUCAGACAUGCAUACGGUUUGCAAACUGAUAUUUUCCAAUGUGAUGUUUUGACAUGUCUCUAACAAGCUCUAUCUUUGCAAUGCACUUAAAAUAAAGAAUUAAAAAAAAUAAAAAAUACCACCGCUAAAAGUGCAAUAGCUCACAAAACACUUAAAAUAAAGGUGCGCUGUAUCUUUUAGACACUAAGUGUUACUUUUUCAUAAAAUCUCACUUUGGUGAUUAUCAGAAUUUCUAUUAAAGUGCAAUACAAAGUUAUACUGUGCAGUAUUUUCCCAUAAUAAAAUCCAUGCAAAAUUGUGAUGUCUCAAAUAAAGUGGGAAAAAAAUAUUUAAUUUAUUAGACAGAACAUAAGUUCAAGAUGAAAUAAAAGUAUUGAACAAUCAGUCGGCAACAUGGGUAAUUUUCCAACACUUUUUAAAUUUAAUUGUGGGUACACUGAGAAAAUGGAAGGGUCAGUAUCCUAAGGUGGAUAAGCCGGCUCAUGGGUGUGCAGCGUGGUCAGUGUCAGGUGUUUGUACUUCAGUAUUUGUCACCAGUGGGUGCCACAGAGAGCUAUUUGUAUCGACCCGAGCAAGCCAGAACCUGGCUUUGGCACACUGGGUGGCACUCCUUUUCUUCUUUUACCCCACCCUGUAUAGAGAGCAAUACUGUAGACCCCAAACCUUCCCCACCCCCCCCAUUUAAAACUCUCUCUAAGCCUGUAUUUGUGCAGAUCUGUUAAGUUAUCCCAACUUCAGCCUCUCGGUGCAUUACAACGACCCAAAAACUGAACGUUUAUAUAUAUAUAUAUAUAUAUUUUUUUUUUUUUAAUUAUUAUUUAUUUAUUGAAUAAAAUGUAAUCUAUGAAAAUCGUACAUACAUUUUUGAAGCAUUACUUGCUAUGGAUGGCCAGUGAUAACAGUUUAACCCUUGUAAGUAAGAAGGAACCGGAGGACUCGAGACAAAACCACAAAUUUUGCAUGAAGUGGUUAUAAUGACAAGUGUACCUUUGAACCGUUAUUGUUUCUGAUCUAUAUAAUACGUGCAUAUCCGUAUAUAACAUGCUUGACUGUGUACAGAAGUGGUAGGAGUAAAUUAAACUUAUCUGUUAAUGGUUUUUGAUUUAAAAUAAAAAUUUAAAAAUCUGUUUAGACUAGUGCCCAAUAUCUUCAUUUUUGGCUUUCUCUUCUAGAACGUCGUCAAGUUGAUGAGAGGUUUACUGCAAUGUAUGAUGAGACAGGUAUGGAUAUAAUGUGUUUGGCACAGUGUGACAUUAUUAUUUAAUGUAGUUAAAGUACAUAUUUUAAGAUAAGAAAGCUUUCUACCAUUUUUAUCCUGUGCACCCAAAACAUGAUCCGUCAUUGCCGGAGUGAUGCAGGGUGUCAUUAUUAUGGUGAGCUUUAGAGAACAUGUAUAAAGGAGCCACCAGUUUUAGAAAUUAUGCCAAACUGACACUUUUUGAGAAUAGCAGUGGCCAGUAUAAGAAAAACAAUGCAUGUCUGGAAAUGCAGGGAUACUCUGACAUGUAGGCAUGGAGGUGCAUAGACGGCUUCCAGAUGCCACAAACAGUUGGACUGUUCAGUUAAUUACUAUUGACUUGACUCUGAAAUAUAAUACUUUACAAAGUUCCAGGGAUACUCUAAGCGCCAAAACAACUUUACCUUCAUGAAGCCAUUUUAGUGUAUAGAUCAUGUCCCUGCAGUCUCACUGGUCAGUUUUAUGCCAUUUAGGAGUGAAAUCACUUUUAAUUUAACCGGUUGUGGCUUUCACAGACUACUUGAAGAAAUUGUUUAAUUUUGAUCAGAUGUGACUGCACAUUGUGCUUACUUUAGAAAUGUUUAUCUCUUGCCCUGAUAACUGAACUUUAACCACACACAGGAAGGUCCUGCAUGAGGUUUAAACAUUAGAUUUUUUUUAACAGGACAUGUGUAGUACCACUGUGUAGGUCACAUGGACGGGAGGUGUGACUAGGGCUGCAUUCCUAAAUGGGAGAGAUUUAAGCAGGGAGACUGCAGGGGCAUGAUCUAUACUCCUAAACCAACGCAAUAAGCAAAAGUUGUCUUGGUUAUUAUAAUGUUCCUUUAAGUAUGCAAGAGACAAGAUGACUCAAUUCUUGGUGAAUACAAAUAAAAUGAAUAAGUCUUUUUGUUUUUGUUGCAAGGAAGUGACCAACUGUGUUUUAAUUGAUAAUAUAUGUUUGCUUUUUAUAGGUUUCGAAAGUGGAAGAAUUUAAGUAUAGCCAGGGCACAAAGGAUUGUCUCCAUGCCAAGUAUAACACAGGAACCUGUUCCACUGUGGUGGGAGAUGACCAGUGGGGUCACCUGCAGCUUGAUGCCACCUCCCUUUAUCUGCUCUUCUUGGCACAGAUGACUGCAUCUGGUAAUCAAAUUUUGUAAUGUGACAUCUAAAUAAUUUACUAAAAACCUACCAUGUGUUUUUUCACAGCAAUGCUAAUGGGUACAAAUAAACUUGUAGUCAAAAGAUUAAAUGAAGAUGUUUAGGGCGUGAUUUUUAUUACUAUGCAUUUGUUUAACUGUACAAUCAUGAUUCACACAGCUUUCAGAUAACUUUUUAAAAAAAAUACUAUUUCAAAGAACACGCUGUGGCGAUAGAAAUACAAAUGUGUAUUUGUAGAGCUACAGUGCCUUGUUGGCUGCUAAGAUGCGCCUCCACUCCCCUCACCAAGUCUGAAAGGGGGGGUGGGGGGAGAGUUUUACUUACCUUUUUUCCAUCGCAAUGUCGUUCUCUAUGCUGUCGUACCACCUCCAUGACUAAGAUCAUGAAGACUUUCUAAUGGGAAAGCAUUGGGAGACCAUCUGAUAGAAAGAAAUAGCCGAGUUAUAGUCUGUUAUUUCAGAGGAAGCACCUAAAUGGAGAUGGAGUGGUCUGGGUCGCUAUAUUGUUACUUUAAAGGAUCACUAUAUGUCAAUGAGGGGACACAAAAGCCUGUAAGUGAAUUCAGGAACACAGGAUGCUUUCGUCAGCAGGAGGGAGUUGAGUAAAAAUAAAAUUUAUUAAGUAUAAAAACACUCGUAUAAAUAAAAUCGCUGUAUAAAAACAAUGGUACAAAAUAAGUCCUCAAUCCUGUUGACCGUCAACCUGCCAUUCGCUUACAGGGUUUUGUGUCCCCUCAUUGAAACACACACUAUUAUACUCAGAACCAGGUUCUAGGCUCUGAAUCAGGUGAGCAGUUCUGUGUACUUUGUCACCUUUAUUGAAGUAUAUCUACAUAUUGCACCAUAUAUGGUCUCUUAUCUCUUAAAGGAACAGCGUGACCUUCUUCCACUGUAAGGUUUUGUGUUAUCCCAAACACGCCUCCCUAAGGGAUUUGAGCCUAUCCUGCUAAGGCUCAGAACCAUGUGAGUGGGUUCAUAUCUUUUAUUACCACUCCAUUAUCAUCCAAACGUAUUAUCCGAUAUUGCUCUUUAUCUCAUCCCCACCUCUAGGUUAUUCAAACAGUGCUCCACAUAUUGACUGGUGUCGUUUUAUUAACCACUCAGUCUACCACCACAUAGAAAUAAAUUUGUACUUACAAAAUAAUCCCCCCGUCCUUAUCCAUGCGACCCUGGACAUCAGUAAUAGCUUGUGUGUUCUGGGCUACCCCCAAAGUGCUUGUAGCCUAUUAUUGUUGUCCUGGGUUAGAACAGAACCGCUGCAAAGUGGUUGUGGUUUAAGUGCCAAAAUAAACGCCACUUUUUCUUUUGCUUUUUUUUUUUUUCCCCUAUUCAACACAAAAAAAAUAUGACAAAAAACAAACAUUGGGGUGGUUUCCAAAGACUGUGACCACUACAAUGACUUGUAAUGAUGUUUUACACUGCUUUUUUUUGUUCAUGGAAAUGCUUGAUUGUUGUUGUUGUUUUUUUUUUACCAUGCUUUGUAACCUCCUCAUUUUGUUGUCAGGGCUCCAUAUAAUCUACACUCUAGAAGAAGUUAACUUUAUACAGAACUUGGUGUUUUAUAUUGAAGCAGCAUAUAAAACUGCGGUGAGUGUAGACACACAAACAAAAGUAUUUGUAUAGAAUAAUAUGCAUAGAACUGUUUUUUUUUCUUUGUAUUUUCUGACACCAAUUGUUUGUCUUUUCUUUCUAUAGGAUUUUGGAAUGUGGGAGCGUGGUGACAAAACCAACCAGGGUAUCGCUGAACUUAAUGCCAGCUCUGUUGGAAUGGCUAAGGUAACAGUAAAUAUAUAGACUUCAGUACCUUUAUUUGCACAUUUUUCAUGUUUCUUUCUUCUUUCUAUCACAACGUCAAAAAAAUAGCAAAACAGUACUGUAUUUAUUAGAACAAUUGUGUAAAUGUAAUAAACAGAUAAGCAAAACAUUAAUGACAUUCAGAAAAAUGUAACCUCUUGAAAUGAGAUGUAGAAUGGGAAAAAGGACAGUGUCUGAUGUAGUUUCACAGGACAUUAUGUAGGAUAAAGCAGUAGGUAGAGUAAAACAGCUGUCUGGGGGAAUGAGAGGGGGCAAGAAGGUAAUGGAGAAAUGGCAGUAUUUAAAUUUGUCUGAAAACCGUAAGAGAAUCUAGACAAUAAUUUUUAUUGUAACAACAAGAACAAACAAAAACAUUUUUUAAAAUUGCCAUAUAUUACAAAAGGAUGAUGUUUUAAUAGAUAUAAUUCCUGAGAAACCCAACAUAAUAUCAAGUGAACCCUGAACCUUAAAACUUUUCUUACUAAAAGUUACACCAGAAAACGUGAUAAUAAAAUUAAAGGGAAACUAUAGUGCACUAUAGCUUCCCCUUCUGUCAAGGUCCCCUCCCGCAGCGCUGAAGGAGUUAAUAACCCCUUCAGUCACUUACCUGCGUCCAGCGCCGAUGUCUUUCGGUGCUGGCUCAACUCUGCUGCUGUCGGAGAGACCUAAUGCGCAUUAUCCAAUGCUUUCCUAUGGAGGUUCCGGCAACACUCGACGUCCUCAUGCAGAACAUAAUUUAAAACACUUCUGGUGCUCUAAAAACACAGAUGAACCAUCUAGCAGCUGAAUUAGCCCUGUAAUCAAGACACUGCGGUUUCUACAAAACCGCAGUGUUUUGAGUAACCGGGCUAAAGAGAGAGGGGCAGGCACCCAUACCACUCCAAAGGGCAGAAGUGGUCUGGGUGCCUACAGUGUCACUUUAACCACACUUUAUAUAAAGACACAGGUUUUUGUUUUGUCAAUCUUUGUUUUUUAUUGAGGCGUGAGUCUAACAUAAACUAAGUGGUACUGUGGUUACAACACCAUAUACAAACAGAUACAUGGUAAUCGAUAUCAGCGAUAAUAUCCAUACAUGACAAGUAUUUGUCAGAUAGCAACACAAAAUCUGUAACAUGCUACGCUUUGCUAUGGCGUGGAUAGUGGUGUGUCUCACAGUAAGCUACUAAGCCUCAUUUUUAAGUAAAAGUAAGAGAAAAAGUAUAACAGACAUGCUAGUAUAGGAGAAAAAAAUUUAAAUUGAAACAAUGCAUUGUAUGUAGACCCACAGACUCCACAGUGGAAAAGCCACAUAUGUUGCAUGAAAUAGACCUAAUAAAAAAAACACAUAUAACAUUUUUUUUAUCAAAAGGAUUCCAUCACGUUUAACACCAGAAAUGACACUUGCUGGAGUGCCCCUGUUGGCUCUAAUAUGUGGGUAUGACGUCAAAGUGUCUAAAACUCGUAUAGCAGAACACUGGCAAACUUUAACUAAGAGCUUUCAAAUUCAUCCCCUGUCUAAACAUUUGUGUGCGCAUCAAUAACCACAAGGUUUUAGAAGUCACUGUAAUCCAAAAAUGCAAAAAAUCAUGGAGGGGGUGGACCUGUAAAAAAACAAAACAAAAAAAAGGUUGACAGAAAUUGGACAAAUUGUGUUUAGUUUUUUAAUUUUUUGGAGCCAGAGAGCAUUGAUUGAUACAACUUCCUUUAACCCCUUAAGGACCAAACUUCUGGAAUAAAAGGGAAUCAUGACAUGUCACACAUGUCAUGUGUCCUUAAGGGGUUAAUUUUUUACCUUUGUUUUUCUAGUGUUUCGUGUGUUUUUGUACAUUUUCUAUUUUAUUUUGUUUUUUAUUUAUUUCCUUUUUUUUUUUUUUACUUAUUUUAUUUUCACACAUCCAUUUUAUAUAUACCAUUUCCAAUAGAGAUUUUUGUUUUAUAUUGAUAAGUAAUGUGCUUUUGAUUUCCUUUCCCUAAUUUUAAUAUUUAGUAUUACAUUAUUUAAUAAGAUCUUGUCCAAAACAAAAAUAAUAAUCUUGCCUUUGGAGAAAGGAAAUUCAUAUUUGUGCUUUUGGAGCCGUAUAGGCUUUCCAGUUUUAAAAGCUUUGACUCACGAUAUUUAUAUCAGGUUGGUGUACAAUCCAGAGAGAGAGUGUACCACACUCACAAAAUAGCAAAGUGUCAUUGUAAACCAAUAUUUACACUCAGUUUUCCAGUAUAGUGUUUUAUUUAACUCCAUCCCUCUUCACGUCUUCAGGCAGCCCUUGAGGCAUUGGAUGAACUGAAUUUGUUUGGUGCUAAAGGAGGUCCUCAGUCUGUUAUCCAUGUCUUGUCUGAUGAGAUCCAGCACUGUCAGGUACAAUUACCGACCCAAAUGUAAACACUCCCAUCACUUCAUAUCUGAGGAUGCAUAUUUCUUUAAAAUUAUUAUAAUCCUCCUCCUUUUUAGUCCAUAUUGCACUCCAUGCUACCCAGAGCCUCCUCCUCCAAGGAAAUAGAUGCAGGGGUUCUGUCCGUCAUCUCCUUUCCAGCCUUUGCUGUUGAGGAUCUACAACUGGUGCAGAUAACCAAACAAGAGAUCAUUGAUAAGCUGCAGGUAUUGCCUGGCUCACUAUAUACCUGUAUUUCUCUGCAAAGUUUAUAUAAAAAAAAUUAUAUUCUGUCUCUUUAUGAAAUUCUAAAUGUUACAAUCUACUUGUCUCUGUUCUACCUUCUUUUCAGCUUUCCUUUUGUUCUUUAGUUUCUUUUCUCUCCACUCAUCAUUUUUUAUUGCCAUUCUGCAGGGUCGUUAUGGCUGUUGUAGAUUUCUCAGAGAUGGGUACCGGACUCCCAAAGAGGUAACUCUUUUUUUUUUUUUAGCUCUUUUUCAUGUAAACUAGUAUGACUUUCUGGAUGUGAUUUAGAAAAAAUAUUGUUGCGCGUCAUCUACAGAUCUCAAGUUGUACUUCUCCUUGGGCACAGAAACUUGAGAAAUGUUUCCACAACUAUCCCAGAGUUCCUUUUUUAUUCAAAUGAGCACAGACGGGAAUUGUGUUUUUUAGACUUCAUUCUCUAUUUCUGCAUGUUCUCUUUGCAAUGAACGCUGUUUUGAACACCGCUUUUUUUUCAAAUAACUGUAGCAGGGCUUGUGAUCCAAAAGGACCAGUGACCAGCAGAAACCAGCCAUGGACUGCAGUUUUGACCUUGUGUGCCUUAUCAGCAUGGUGCUGGUGAAUGUGAUUCGGCAUCUUUCAUUAUACGCAAAUAAUUGGCUAUUUUGCAAGCUGCAGCACUUGAUCAAACCUUACUGUUGCACUUGUAUCAUUUACAAUGUAACAUCUACCUGCAGCUGCAUCUGUUAUCUUUGAUAACUUGCAAGAGUGAUUUGAGACCUCUUGGGUAGCAUUUUAUUAUCUGUGCUUAUGUCUAUAUAUAAUGUAAAUGUUGUAUGUUACAGGACCGGAGCAGAUUGUAUUAUGAACCUGCAGAGCUGAAGCUUUUUGAAAACAUUGAAUGUGAGUGGCCACUAUUCUGGACAUACUUUAUCCUAGAUGGGAUAUUCAGUGGCAACAAAGAGCAGGUGAAAAAUUCUUAUUUUUCUCAAAACUUAAACUCUUUACUCUGCCUUCCAGUUUUAAUUUUCCUCCUCCUACUUUAAACCAUUCUUUUUUUUAUUCCCUUAACACUUGCACUGUGUCCAUCUGUUAUGUCUUCAAUUUGCAUCUUGUAGUUUUUUUUCUUCUUUUCUGUCUUUCUUCUCUUUCUUCUACUAUUUUAAUAGUAAGUAUUUAUGUGUGUGACUGCUUAUAUUUCUCCUCCAGUAUAUAUACUCCAGUGUGUGUAUGUGUGUGUGUGUGUGUGUAUAUAUAUAUAUAUAUAUAUAUAUAUAUAUACAUACAAUUUGUUGGUGUUUUGCACUCCUGCUUUCCUCUUGGUUAAAUUCCCGGUGUUAAUCUGCACAAAAAUACAAUCAGCCAAAUGUGAAGCCAGCACUCAAGGACUUGUAAAAAUCGAAAAGGGUUUUAAUCCAUAGAACUUGUCGUUUCAGUUUACAUCAGCAAACUUUCAUCAGGACAUCAUUCCUGAUGAAAGUUUGCUGAUGUAAACUGAAACGUUGACAAGUUCUAUGGAUUAAAACCCUUUUCGUUUUUUACAAGUCCUUGAGUGCUGGCUUCAUUUGGCAGUGUGUGUAUGUAAACUAUAUAUAUAUAUAUAUAUAUAAUUUUUUUUAAAUUUUUUUUUCUUUGACCUAGGUUCAGGAAUACAGGGAGGCUCUUGAAGGUGUUCUAAUUAAAGGUAAACACGGUGUACGAUUGAUUCCAGAAUUGUACAGUGUACCUGAAGACAAGGUUAGUGUUCAAUACCUAGUAAUUUAUACAUUGUUGUUUGUUUUUUUUUUUGAUCGGAUAUUGUACAAGUAAUAAGGAUAACAGCCCAAAUCCUAUUUUGCAGGUGGAGGAAGAAUAUGAAAGCCCACACACAGUGGACCGCGUACCUCAGGGGAAGUUGCCUCACAUGUGGGGCCAGUCUCUUUACAUUUUAGGUUGCCUGAUGUCAGAGGUAAGUUGCAGCUUGCAGUGGAACUGUGGUCACGGAUGAGUUCAGAGUAAGUGUUGUGGAAAUUAUGUUGUUGACCUUGUUUAUGUUAGUAGUUUUGUAUAUACUGGUCUUUAGAGAACCUUUGCCUUUAUUCAAUGUUUUGUUAUAUUUAGUUCUCCUGAGUUUUUGUUUGGGCACAACGUCAGUAUAUUUAAUCACCAUAUUUAGUGAAUAUAUAUAUAUAUAUGUGUGUGUUGUGUGCGCAUCUAUGCAUAUGUAUAUAUUUGUGUGCACACAUGUAUUGGAAUGUAUCUGUGUGUCCCCAGGUAUAUAAUAUAAAUGUCAAAAUGAGGGUUGAUUCAGUCAUCCGUUGUUACGUGUGAAGUCAUGAAGGAGUCAAGUAACUGUAUGUUCAUUUUGUUAACGUACCCAUGUGUAAUAACGUAAACAGGUGAGAUUAGCGUAAUCUCUCUUGGUGCUUUCCACUGGACACCUGUGAUUUGUCUUCUUACUGUAUUAUCUCAGGGUUUUCUGGCUCCUGGAGAGAUUGACCCACUGAAUAGAAGAUUUUCUACUGUUCCCAAGCCAGAUGUGGUUGUUCAAGGUAAGUGCCAUUGAAUUUAUAUUUGCCAUUAACACUCUAUAGUACAUAAAUGUUAAUCUGUUAAACUUUGCUUGCGUAUUGACAAUUGCAUCUUGGGACAUGGAAUUCUUGUCCAAGGGCAGUGAUGGCAAAUAUUUUGAACCAAACUGCACAGUCUUCUGCAGAUAUCAUGUAACUAAUCAAAAUGCAGCCAAUCCUAUUUUCUACCCUACCUUCCAGAUAAACUUCUCCUACUCAACCCAGAGUUUCCCUGCAUGGCUAUCAAAACCUUCUGCUUCACAAAAUCUUAUAUUAUCCCUACCUGCAAUAAAUAACUUUACGAUUAAAUAGAGAUCUGAUGAGUUAUGACAUAGUCUCCAGGAUUGAUAUACGUACUACGGACACAUCCGAGACUUGUUUUUGCCAUCAUUGUUAGUGGUUAUUUUCACAAAAGGUAGUGAUGAAAAUCUGGGCGAAACUUGUUUCCCACUGCUGUAAAAAUACUGUAAAAAUACUGUAAAAUGUUUUUAUCCAGAGAGAUUUUUGCUAAAUACAUUAGACUUUCCUGAAUUAAAGAUUGGGCCAGUUACAUUUUAUUGCAAAAAACAAAUUUAAGGCCAAAUUAAUCGAAAUGGAAAUAGUCUCCAAGUCAUCCAGUUCAGCUAUUUUGCUCUUAAAUUUGCAAUCUCAGGGUAUUCCGGACUGUUCUGGAAUUAUUGAAUAUCCUUUUGAAAGGUAAAUGAAAGCACUGCUUAUCUCGAUAUUUGUCAUUUUCACUCACGCUAUAUUUACUUGAGGCUUAUAUUAAAAUAACAUGGGCACUCUUGUGGUCAAUUAUCUAAUGUGUAUUUAACUGGGAGAAGGGAAAUGGUUGUGGGUUUUUGUUUAGUUUUUUUUGUGACUUGGUUGCUCAUCAGGCUUUUUAUUUUAAAUUUUAACUAAUCAAAUUUGAAUGUCCUGUGGGUUCAGGUGACAGUUGAACUAUACUGUAUUUCACCUGUAUUAAAUGGUAUACAUAUGAUUGUUGAUUUAUUGGCGAUUUUUAUUUUUUUGUGGCAUAUUAUAAUUUUAUGGUAGCAUAGUAACACAGGAUUCCAGUACAGGAGUGCAUUUUCUUACAUAGGAGGUUUUGCAAACAUUCUUUCAUUAGAUAGUGGCUGACUUUUUGACACGAAGUUGCCCUCACUGUGAUUAUCCAGGUAACGCCACCCAGUGACUGGAAUGUGCAGUAUUAUUGGUGAAGCUUUAUUGACGUGUAUGCCAAUAAAAUGUGCAUGUCCAAUAUUUUAUAAAACUAUGUGCUGUCCAAAGGCAUUGUAUUUAAUAUCUGUGGUGGUAAAGUUGGGAUGUUGCUUUGUAGCAUUUCAAACUUGCACAGAUGCAGAUCUACUUUUCCAUCUUAGCUUUGGGUGUCCGAUCUCAUGCUAGUCAGUGUUGGUGAACACCCCCAUUUUUGGGGAGCCAUGUAUUCUAAGCACCUCUGCCAAUUAACUGUGCAAAUGCUAUCUGGUCUUUGCAGUUUCCAUUCUGGCAGAGACUGAGGAGAUCAAGGAAGUCCUGAAGAAGCAUGGAUUUGAGGUGGAGACAGUGGCGGGUGUGUACCCCAUCCGAGUCCAGCCUGCAAGAAUUUUGAGUCACAUCUACGCUAGACUGGGUACGAUUUAUUCUUCCUUAUGACAGUGCUUGUAAAUUUUUGUGUGUAAAUAAGCCAUUAAAACACAUGUAAGCCAUAAUCCGUGUGUGUGCGUUAUUCUUUUUUUUUUUUUUACUAUAAAUGUUGUAGAAUGAAUAAAAUUACAAUUACCAAACUUUUCCCUUGAUAAUACUGCAGGUCGUAGUAGGAAGAUGAACCUCAGCGGCAGACCAUACAGAAAUAUGGGGGUUUUAGGAACCUCCAAACUAUACACGAUACGACAGAACAUAUUUGCUUUUACUCCUCAGGUGAGAUAAAUUAAUAAAUUAUGAAUGUGUGUAAUUACCUAACAAAAAACGAAUUCAGCAGAUUUUAUUAUUUAAAGAUCUCACUCUCCUAGGUUUUAUUAUAGAAUUUAAAACAAAUAUGAAGGUCUUAGAUGCAGGAGGUUUGAUGUGCAAUAUAUAUUCCCAGUUUUCCAUUUAUAAUUGUAGAAGUGAAUUUCAGCCUUACUGCUUUUUUAAUAUAAUACAGUAUUCGUAUAAUGACCUAUGUUAUGCAGUGCUUUUGAAACAAAGAUUAAUGUACUACUUAUUUUUCCUUUAUCACGUCCCCUGUAUAUUCUUUGAUGUUUAAGAACUGGAAAUACCAGUUUCUUAUGUUUGGUGUAGCACUGAAUCUUACGUGCUGUCAUAAUUCCAGGUGCCUCUUGGGGUCCAUUUGGUAACCCAUCGGGCAGAAAAGAAAAGCCUCCAGUGACAAUGCUUCAUGUGAACAAAAUAUUCUGAUACAGACUAUUUUCAUUUAUUAAAGGACCACUAUAGUGCCAGGAAAACAUACUCGUUUUCCUGGCACUAUAGUGCCCUGAGGGUGCCCCCACCCUCAGGGUCCCCCUCCCGCCCGGCUCUGGAACUGGGAAAAGGGUUAAAACUUACCUUUUUCCAGCGCUGGGCGUGGAGCUCUCCUCCACCGUUCCUCCCCGUCGGCUGAAUGCGCACGCGCAGCAAGAGCUGCGCGCGCAUUCAGCCGGUCGCAUAGGAAAGCAUUUACAAUGCUUUCCUAUGGACGCUGGCGUGCUCUCACUGUAAAAAUCACAGGGAGAAGCACGCAGGCGCCUCUAGCGGCUAUCAAUGAGACAGCCACUAGAGGAUUUGGGGGAAGGCUUAACCCAUUCAUAAACAUAGCAGUUUCUCUGAAACUGCUAUAUUUAUAAAAGAAUGGGUUAACCAUAGCUGGACCUGGCACCCAGACCACUUCAUUAAGCUGAAGUGGUCUGGGUGCCUAGAGUGGUCCUUUAAACAUGUCACACCAAAGGAGUGAUUAAAAUGGUGCAAUUAUACUGUUUCUCGUCGGAAUGCUUCAUAGAAUUUAAAACCUGUAUUAAUUAGAGCACUUUAAACUGUUAGUAAUAUUCUUCUUAAAUAAAUGAUCAAUGGUUAUUUAGUUUCAUUGCUGUUUUUGCAUGCUGGGGCGGUUUAUUAGUUACAAAUACCCAUGUAUGCUGCUAUUUUCAGGUGUUAACCUCCAUUGGUGGUGUUAUCAGAAACCGAACACAUUUCCAGAUUUUACAUUUGCAGAAAUGAUUGAUUAGAAAUAGCUGGACUUUAAAAUAACUUUUCCACUGUAGUUCAUUGACCAGCAGCAGUUCUACCUGGCCUUGGAUAACCGGAUGAUAGUUGAGAUGUUGCGUACAGAUCUAUCCUACCUUUGUAGUCGCUGGAGAAUGACUGGACGCCCAACAAUUACCUUCCCAAUCUCCCAUACCAUGCUGGGUAAUAUCUAUUCUAACACUAAUCAAUGUGUGGGCUGUGUGCAUGGAUUUACGUUUAUCUUUCAAUGUAGACAGUUAUCAACAUGCAUUUAAAUGAUAUCUAGCUGGUGUGGUAUCCACCUUUUUAUUUUCCUUUUUCACACUGGAUUCUUUGGUUCGUAUCUCUGCACUAUCUAUUCUUAUUCAUUUUAUGCAUAUAAAAAAUGUGUAGAUGAAACUUUUUUUUGUGUGUGUGAGAAGGACCAUAUGCACACAAAUUAAAUACUUAAAUACUCUUAAGUCUGCAAACUCAAAUUUUCCUCUUAAAAAGUAAUUUAAGCCUCUCGCGCAUCUGCAGUUCACUUUACACCGCAGCUUCCAUUCACAUUAAUAGGGGUCGCACACAGCAUGUGUAUGUGUUGAUACUUGCAGAUACAGUUCAGUCCCACCUAGACUUGGAUGCAAUACCUCUGAUAACAUCACUAACUGCAUAACGCAAUUAAUAUGGGCGGUAUAUAUUUCCAAGAUCCAUUUCUAAGUCUAAUCCUUUUCUAAAUGCUGCAUCUUCACUCCUUUAUUCAUAGCCACAAUAGCCUCAUUAAUCAUCAUAUUCUUUAAAUUUUUAAGUAUAUUUUUAUUUGUAGUGUCCAUAUUGAAUUUGUUUAAAAAAUAGGAUCAGGAAGCAUCCUUUGACCUUGUCACUGACUGAUUAUGAUGUCUUGAAUCCAAUAUCAUUUUACUAUACAGUGUGUUCUUUAGUAUAACCCAGUCUGCUCUGUCUCUUUAUCAGCAAGUGUACAUGCAUGUGUGUUUAUGUGACGUCUUCACUGUAAAACUGUGGAUGACUUAAUAAUCACACCUUGUUUUUGUUUUCUUUUUGUGUGCCUUCAGAUUCUAAUGGUAACGACCUUGACCCAGCAGUACUUGCCACUCUUCGUAAACUCCAGGAUGGCUAUUUUGGAGGGGCCAGGUAAGGUUCAUUCACAUGCAUUGAAAUUAAAAUCUAACAUGAUUAUUAGUAUUGUCACUAGAUAGCUCAAACUUUAGAAGCACAAACAUGCAUUUCUAAUGUUAGAAGUAAUCCUGUCUAUUUAGAUUCAGUAAUAGUAAAAUUCCAAUGCAUCGCUAUAAGGAGCAUUCAAAGUCUUCCUGCUGAGCGGGAAGCCGCUGGACUUCAGUCGUGAAAAGAUUGCAGGACCUUAAUAGAAAUCACUUCUAGUGGCCGUCGAGGCAACAGCCGCUACAGGCACUACAGGUGUCCUUCAGGAGGCUGCAGAGAGAGUCUCUUUAACCCCUUAAGGACCAAACUUCUGGAAUAAAAGGGAAUCAUGACAUGUCACACAUGUCAUGUGUCCUUAAGGGGUUAAGCUGUUGUGGUUCUGGUGCACAGAGUGUCCCAUUAAGCGGUUGACUGCUGCUUUGUAGACAGGACAGAUACAACACCUUUUCAAUCCCUUCAGGGAUCUUUAUCAAGCUAACACCACGGUGCACAAACCUAAUAUAUAGUGUAUCUCAUUAACAAUCAAUACAAAGCCACAGACGCAUGCCAAGCAAUUUAAGCUGGAAAUGUUAUUGCGGCCUACCCGUGGGUGAGAGUGUGGGAGAGGCGGCCGCUCUCCCUGCUUGACCUCCUGCUGGAACAAGCAGACGCAGUACAGGAACCUGUUCCCCCCCCCCAACCUAAGAUGGCGGACGCCAGGCCUCUCUCCACGCCACAAGGCUCUACAGAAUCUACCCUAACAAAGCUGAACAAGAUUUUGGAGGAAUUCUGGCGGAAGCUCGAAGAGAGGCAACAAUGUGCAAACUCGCAACGCCACCUCUCAACGGUCCAAGCCGAUCCCACAGCAGCGGAACGAUUUCACACCCAGGCGCCGGAGGAGAGCACAAGCCGGGCGGUCAACUCUAGGAAGUAAAGCAGCUCCCCCGCAGAGACCCACUUUUAAUAAAGGAAUCCAACAGCCCCAUUGGGAGAUGUGUGGCCCAGGCUCUUAUGUGAAACAGAGCUUCCCAACACCACCAAGAGCCUGCCUUCAAGUUGCACGGAGAGCCGGUGUGAGAUGGAUAUGGAGAGCAACGACAGGAUUUCACGGAGAUCCCUUCCAUCCUGUAUACCUCAAACCUGGAAUGUAAAAGGACUGCUUGAAGUGGCCCACCAGCGGCAUUGGCUGAAACCCUGACCCUGCCUAACUGCAGACCCCAAACUGACACCAGCACAAAUAUACCUGUCGACUAAUCUUAACGUUCUUAAUAUAGAUGUCUCUUUCUUUUUAUGUUCCUCCUCGUGAACCCUUAUGUAUGGUCCAUCUUACCUUAUCAUUUUUGGGGGCUGGCUGAACUCCGCUUUAGACUCACUGCUUAAGCCGCGACUCUUGCUGUAGUAUUAUAAAAUUCACUAAUAAUGCAGCACUCUGGGUGCUGCAGAAUACAUGAAGCCAGGUCUACUAACGGUGGCUCUACUUAUUGAUCUAUACCAUAGCAUUUUAUACCGUUACUUUAGGUAUGCCCUAUCACAGCUGCCAGUAUAUAUAUCACGAUCUUUACCAAUAGGUGACUACAUAUUGAAUGUAUGACUACCUUUACGUCUAGACUACCUAUCCACUGGCAAGCUGUACACAGUUACCCCACUACGGUUUAGCAUAGGAUGUUUUACUAAGCAUAUUGGUUACUUAAAUUUAUUCUCACAAAAAUAAUGUGCUGUUUUUGUCAAGUGCCCUACACUGCUAUACUUUGUAUGGUAAUUUUCCUGCUACCGCUGUUGGGGCAGUGCAGGCGUGUUUGUAACUAAGAAGCACAACAAAAAUAAAGAGUUUAAAAACAAAAAACAAAAAAAACAAUCAAUACAAAGUCAAUUAACAACCAAUCAAUAUACAAAAUUAUGUAUUAUAAUGAAGAAAAGUGCAAAAUAGCCUUACAAGGUAUCAUAUUAUAUUGGGGAUCACAAUGCAUGUACAUAGAAAAGUACUUGUGUACAUUUUUUUUUUAGCAAGGAAUAACAACUGGGCUUAUGUACACACAUUGUGAUCCCCAAUAUAAUAUGAUACCUUGUAAGGCACUUUUGUAUAUUGAUUGGUUGUUAAUUGACUUUGUAUUGAUUGUUAAUGAGAUGCCCUAUAGAUUAGUGGUUUGUGCACUGUGGUGAUAGCUUGAUAAAGAUCCCUGAAGGGAUUGAAACGUUCCUGUAUAUGUCCUGUUUUUCCAAUAAAUCUGCUGAUGUAUGAAGACCUUGAGUGCCUGGACUAAUUUGCUGUUCCUAUAUGGAUUAGGGGUUUGCCAGCCCUCGGUACAGUCCACCGAGGUCUACAGGUGAUGAAAGUGCGUAUCCCUCUCCCUUUUUUUUUUUUUGUUUUUUUUUUUGCUAUCAUACCUUUUAGUCAUUAAUGGGACACUGCUGGCACUAUAACUGCUUUAUCUCAUUGAAGUGAUUAUAGUGUCUGAAGGCCACUGGCACUCUUCUUCAAUUUAGUAUUAAACCAUUUUUAAUUGUUUAAUUUGAAGUAAGAAUCUACAGCAGCCCACCAUCUCUGUGCUGCUUGGGCUAAUGAAGAAGCAUCAACCUGAGCAUCAAUAGGAGGCUGUGAUUGGCUGAGAGUGUCAGCCAAUAGCUUUCAGUCCAUCGUGCGGCCCAUUGCUGGAAUAAAAUGGUAUGGUUAAAAGGAGUGUUUCUGCCUUAGCCAUACCUCCAGAAGGGGUCGAGCUCUGGCCAAGGACCAUAAUUCAGUGUUAAACCUCUCAAAUAGUAUAGCACUGCAUGGAGGGACAGCACCAGAGAACUCCAAGCAGUUAUGGGGCCUUCAGUGUCCCAUUAUGUGUAUUUAGUUUUUUAAUGAUUGUAGAUGUUUUAUUUCAGGACUCAAACAGGUCGCCUGCAAGACUUCUUGACCACAUCGUGCUGCAAACAUCUGAGCUUCAUGGACCUCGGAGUGGAGGGUAAGCUGUGUGCCGGGUGGAGUAGCUACAACAAGGGCGAGCCAUUCAUUGUGCGGGAGCCGGAUUCACCCCUGCAUGUGGCCCCUACAGCCGAUGAUGGUAAGAGAGGUGGGCAGAAGAGAGACCCUGUGCUGAGAAGCUAAGAAGGUAGCCAGCAAGUCGUGUAAAUAUUGCAGUGAAGAGCAUAUGGUGUAGAAUUGGCAUGAAGGUAUGAUUAUACUAAUAAUAGAAGGCACGGAUGGAGUUUGAUAUGAUUGUACUUAGGGAAGAGCGUGGAACUUAAAAUGUGGGAGUAAAACGGGACAAAGAAUAGGAGACUAAGUUGUCAUUGUAAAGAGAGGAGAGGUGAGUCAAGUGCAUGCAAAUUUGGUUUGGAUAGUUUUUAGUUAUACCAAAAAAAAUAACAACCUGAAUAUAAAGCAUGAAUCUCAAGCUUAACUGUAUCUUUAACAGUUAUUUAUUUAAACUUGCCGUUGAAGCAUGGCAUUAUUCCAAUUUGGCUGUGAAGUCAAGAAAGAAAAUCCUUUUCUGUGUUAAUACCUUUAUUGCUCUUUGCAGAAGACACAGAAGAUGAAGUGGCUCAGUAUCUUAGCCAUUUGCUGGGUUCAUCCACACAGACUACCCCUGUCUCACAGCGUGGAGGACGACAUCGCUUCCGUGCAGCUAUUCACAGCGCUCGAGAUAUUAUAUCACUCCGCACCAAAGCCAAGGGACUUCAUGUGCAGAGUAAGUGAUAUUGAUGUAUAUAUGCAUAGGUUUGUUGUCUGAAAUAUUAUGAUAAUAUGGAUAAAAGUCUAUAGUCUACGUAUAUAGACAAAAAAUAACUUUGCACUGUUUUAGUCAUUUAAUUUCCUUUUAAUUGUUUGUUUUAUUUAAGUAUAAACCCACAAAAAGUGUUGAAAUAGAAUACAAGAAAAUAAAGUGUGAAUUGUUUGAAUCUUACAAAAGUUAUGUGAUCACUGCAAAGUGUCUGGCGAUUUUCCAUAGGAAAGCAUUAGAUUGGCUUAGAUUGUCAAUUCUGAUGAUCUCAGCCAAAGGAGGCACGGUGAGUGGCUAAGCCAAACGCCACCCUAGCCAAUAAGCAUCUCCUUAUAGAGAUGCAUUGAUUAAAUGCAUCUCUAGGGGAAGGUUCAGCAUCACCAUGCAGAGUGUAGAGAUGCUGAACACACUAACCCAAGAUGCACCUCUAGUGUAAUGGCAGUGUUUACAGCAAAAAGCUUGCAGGGACAUACUAUACUCACCAGAACAACUACAUACCUAAGCUAUAGUUGUUCUGGUGGCUAAAGUGUCUCUUUAAAUCGCAUCAAACAACUAGUGUAUUAGUCUGAAUUAUUUAAAAACUGAAAUUACAUCCAAAUGAUCAAAUUCGACCCUACAAACCUUUUUCUGGUUGUAAGGUAGGUUUAUUUUUGUGUGUGUUUUUUUUUAUUUUUUUUUUACUGUAUUAGAAAAUAUCACUAAAAUUUUCCAAUAAAAACAAACAAACAAACCAACUGUGUUUUCAAUAGACUCUGUAAGCACCAAAACUAUAGCUUAACGGAGCAGUUUUGGUGUAUGGAUGAUGUCCCUGCAGUCUCAAUGUUUAAUUCUCUGUCGUGUAGUUAGUUAUAGUGAUUUUAACACUAUAGGGUUCCUUUAAAUCACUGUUUUUGGAGCUCUAGCCACACCUGCCCUGCAUCUGUCUCACACAGCCAACAUGAAUAAAAUGAUUACAUUCUGCUUUAGGGGAGAUACAAAGUCUAAAGCACUUAAGUUUUAUGUGUGAGGAAUGUGUCCUCAUUUAUUUUAAAUUUUUUAUAAAUUUAGCAAAAAGUGCAGUUUUCAAUAAAUAUUGACACUUUUAUAAACUAUGUGUUUACACACCACUUGGCUUUCAAUCAGACAACAGGUCCUGUUAUUUCCUGGUACGUUAGCUCAGUGGAGCUAAACUCCAGAGGCAGCAAUUGCUCAGAGCACCUACCUUGCAAAGGCUUCUCAUUGAGCUGCGUUGGAAAGUCUGUGAUUGGAGGGUCACAUUGACAGCUACUAGACGCGCUACUGCAAAAAUAGUAGAGAAAACGCGGCUAUUUCUAUCAGAUGGUUCUCUAGAGACCAUCUGAUUGGUGUAUUGCGGUGCUUUGCUGCACAUGUGCACUAGCCUGUUCUUUUUUUGCCACAUGCUUUCUACAUAGGGAAAUAAUUUGUAGCGAUUCUGCAUGUCUUUCUGUAGCUGCAAUGUUAUUUGUGUGUAAUGGAUGUAGGGUUAAUUUGUGUAUUGAACAUUAUUAAAAUAAAAAAAACUGAAAUAUGGUCCAUGCCUGUUAUUUAGUAGAUGGUAAAAAAAAUCUAGGUUAUGUAUAGAGGAGGAAGUGGUGGAGAAGAAGUCAUCAUCUAUUUUUUAUACAUAGAUAAUGUAUCCAUUACACUCUGUGCUUUCCUAGAUUUACAGAUGUAUCUACCAACCAAACUAUUUCAAGCCUCACAGCCAUCGUUUGAUUUGCUGAACAUAACUCCACCAGAAUUCACUGCAAGCAAGGUGAUUACUAAAUAUUAUUUAAAAAUACAUUUAGUUGGCAACCUACAGUGUCUUUUAUUUUUAUUUUUUUACAUCUGAGCUAGUGUGGUUUUUUUGUUUCGUUUUUUCCCUUCUCCCCCAGUGUUUGCUUACUUUGGUUUCACCAUAUAAAUGUAUGUGGCCAUAUGUAAUGAUUUAAAUUUCUGUUUUAAGAUCUCGACCUCCUAUGCAGGGAUGUGUUUACCUCGAGAUUCAGAUGGGCAGGUGGAUUAUGCAGCUCUUGUUGAUAUCCUUAGGGACAGCGCCAAUGUGCAAGAGCAAGCAGACAUACUGUACUUAUUGCAUACCAUGAAGUAAGUUUAUAUGCACAUUCACAUCUUAAACAGUGUGUCCUACCCUUACCUUUUCAGCAUAUCUCUUCUCUUAUUUUAAAUAGGGGAGCUGAUUGGGACACUCAGAUAUAUGGACAACCAGGUGUGACGGUUAAGGAGCUUCUUGUGGAAUUGUAUAAUAAAGUGGGGUCCUCACGGCAAUGGUCCUUUAUCCGCUUGAUUUCUGGCAUACUGAAAAAGAAGGUGGAAGCUCUAGAUGAGGUGGAGUAUUAUAUCUGUUUCUGCAAGAAUACAUGAUGCACUUCUGAAUUUGAUAAAUGUGAUUACUCUUGCGCAACAUGAAAUACUGAUAAUCACAUUUAGCUAAUGAAUAUGGUACCCAUUGUGAGAGAGAAAACCCCCUGAUCUGUCUGUGUAUAUGGAUAAUUAUCUCUAGGAUAUAAAAAAAAUAAAAAAAUCUAUCUUUAUUCAAAUAAAUGCCAUUAAUCGAUGUUUCAGUUCUAGCAUAGAACUUUCAUCUGGAUACGCUUGUCCUUGUGCUUGUCCUGAUCAAAAUACUAUGCUAGAACUGAAAUGUUGACUUGUGGAAUCUUCUUUUUUUUUUUUAUCCUAGCAUUGUUAGUAAGAUAAUUAUCCAUAUAUUUAAGUGUUAAGACCCACCCAGUGUUUAUACUGAACAGUAAUGGGAGAAAGAAGCAUCACAUAAAACCAAGGCCAGUGGCUUGCAGACCACUGCAUGCUCCCAGAACAGGAACCAGUGACUAUCACAAUAGGAGAUAUCCAACAACGGGUAGUCCACAUGAAGUUAGUUACCAUUCGGACCUUACAUGAUCCAUACCUAUCGAUGAAUGCCUAGCAGCACAAAUGAACAAACUACUAUCAACAGUCUCCCACCCUGACUGGCUAACAAAAGGCAGAACAAGACUGGUCAUGAAGGACCCUCACAAGGGAACAACACCAUCUAACUAUCAACCAAUCACCUGCUUCUAGAAAACAUAGAUGGUCCUGUCAGGCAUCAUAGCCCCCAAGAUUGAUUAGCAUAUGAGUCAAUACAUGAACAGUCCUGAGGAUUUGGAAACGCUCCAGAGGCUUAAAACACGAGCUGCUGAUAGACCAAGCGGUCACACAAGAUUCCAGUACCAGACAGACCAAUCUGUGCAAAGUCUCAGUUGAAUAAAAGAAUGUUUACAAUACAGUGCCACACACAGAUACUGCAAUGCCUGUCUCUAUACAAAGUCCAAAAGACACUAAAACUUCAUCAAGAACAACACUAAAAGCCAAUUCCAGGACAAUUACACAGACAAAACAAAACAUCAAAUGGCAAGGUGAUGUGCUUUCCCUGAUGCUGUCCUGAAUAGGCCUAAACUCCCUCAGCUAGAUCACCAUGAAGAUAUCAUCAGCCACAUCCUCUACAUGAAUGACCUCAAACUGUAUGCCAAAAGUGACUGAGACAUUGACUCACUGAUUCACUUAACUGGGAUGUUGUAAGGAUGCAUACACUUGCACUACACCACUCAUGUGAUGCCACUACCUCCCCAAGUAGGCACCACGUCUAUUGCACACCCUCAUACAUCAGUGUGCUAUGAUCAGUGUGGAGCCAAAUGACGGUGCUGGAAAUAAGGUGUUAUCACUCUAUUUAAGAGUCUUUAUGUUAAAGAUCUUUUUUUUAAUUUUUGUGAUGUUACAAGACUUACAGAAUUUCCAUAUAUUGUACCAAUUUAAAUUAUACACCUGAAAACUUUAUUGAUGGUCACAGUAAUAAACUGUAUUGUAUCAUCCUUAGGCCUGCACAGACCUUCUGUCUCACCAGAAGCAACUAACAGUAGGAUUUCCCCCAGAGCCUCGGGAGAAGACCAUAACUGCGUGAGUCUUUAACCUUUUUUUAUGUGUCACAGUUUGUCCUGAAGAAAACAUUGCUUGUGACUGUAAAAACAUGGAUCGUAUAAUUAAAAUUAAUUUAUUUAAGGCGUGUGUGAGUAUCAGAACUUAUUCUAUAUUAAAAUGCAAUCUCUUCUUUUUGUAUCAUAGUACAUAGAAUUUACAAUUUAGAUGAAAUCUAGACCUGUUUUGACCUCCUAUUCAUGCUGCAUUUAUGAGUGCCCUUAUGUCCUUUGGUAUUUAUUUAGCCAUAAAGUUACAUACUCAUGAUAUGAUAUAUAAGGUUUUUUUAUUUUAUAAAUAUUUGAAUGUUUCCGUGUCUUAUAACUAAACAUCCAUUCAACAUCUACAUACUUAUUCAAAUCUGUGAUCUGUGCAGUCUUUUGAAAAGGAGGUUUGGUCUAAAAAAAAUACAUAAAGUAACCGUCCCCUAACAAUAUCUUUGUUAGAAUAUACUGCUAAAUGUAAGUAGAAUAUGUAAAAAGACAGAUGUAGUGGCACUCAAUGCAUUUUUCACAGACAUUAAAGGACACUGUAAGCACCAAUACAACUUUAGCUUUUGUUUUGGAGUAUUCAUACUAUUUAGGAAUCAUAUCACUUUUAUUAAGUCCUAGCCACACCUUCCCUCUCUGUGACAUACACAUGUAACAGUGCUUUAUUUCCUGCUGUUAAUCCUCCCACAGGAGGAUGCUGCAGGCUCUCGCAGUCAGUCCGUUAUCAGAUCACAAAUUAAGAACAUGUAAAUGUAAAAUUAGAUCUCUUUUGAACACUUUUCUUUUUUUUUUUUAUCUUGGCAGUGAUGUAACGUCACUGCCUUCUCCUGCCAAAGAAUGCAGUGAGGUCUUAAUCUUCAGCCUUGGGCGCCACUAACAUUUUCAUUUCGUUUGAAUACAUUGGGAAACAAAAAGGAAGAAAAAAUAUUUCAUCUCAACCAAAUUUUGGUCAUUUGUUAUGCUCGUAUUAGAAUUUAAUUUGGACGAAUAAAACCAAUGCAGGCUGCAGUUGCCUCUUGCAGCCGUUUCGUAGAGAACUCCCUAAAUUGGCACCCUGGUGCAAUUGCUAUAGUUAAAGGUACCAAAUUAGGAAGCUCUUUAGUAAACCGCUCCUUUUUGGUACGGCUCUGACAUUCCUGCAAGGGUUAGGGAGCUAUCUACUAAGAGGACAAAUGCUCUACCUCUCAACAAAACAAAUAGUAGGUAGGAUAAUUGUACUCAACUUAGUACAGUGUAGAUCGCUUCCCUAGAGGCUUUCCCCACUCACGCCUCUGUAGUAUCAGAUGGAUAAUAUAAAGAUAGGGAUACAGCUAGGUGCUAAAACAUAAGAAACAAACAGCACAUAGUGAUGUACAGUAUACAAUGUGACACAGCAUUAUUAGAUUGCACUCACAAGAUAAAGAUUAGGGAAGCGCCUUAAAGCCCACACUUGGGCUACACUGGUCCGCUCUCCAUCUUGGGAAAUAAUGGAUAAAUGGCAGGCACAGGUACUUCAUGAUACAGAGUCAGGGAUUAGAUGCAAAUGUAUUUAUUAGGAAUGCAAGCCGACCAAACUGAGUAAGAACAACAGAGAAUGUACCGAAUGAGAACCUAUGGGGAGAGCUGGUCCCCUUACCAAGAAUGAGAUUGGCAUAGAAUCUGGUCACACCUGGUGCACUCUCCAAUCAGCAACACUGGAUGUGUAUUCAGUGGGACUGAGGGAGGGUUGGGAUUAUGCAUAUUUUUAUGUACUGCUGUUUACUUGCAUCUCUGAGGAAGUCCACUGUGAUGGAUGAAACGCGUUAGAUAUUUUAUACUUUUAUUAUAUUUUUAAUCAGGCAGUUUAACCUCCCUUAAAUUAAUAUUGAUGUCCACACCACCACCAAUGGGUGAGGUGAAGCAUGGGGAAAUUUAGGAAUGCUCCCUGCCGCUUCUUUUUUAAAAUAUUACAACGAGGGAGUUGCAAGCCAGUUCUUGUAACUAAAAUGAAACAAAGAACGAAUUGUACAGAAUGAAAUUCGUCCAAAGAGUGGUCUGUUUUUUGUUUCAUUCAGUUUAAUUUGUAUUUGUUCAUUUGUUUUUGAAACAAAUGGACUAAGAGCCCAAUUCUACUACCAGUACAAAGGAAACACAAAAUCUCGUGAGACAACAGAGCAAAGAUAGAGUGUAAAGGUGAGCAUUGUAGGAAAAUUUUCUACGACAAAGGAAGUGGAGCUUGAUUAAGCUCAAUCAUUUUGUCACAUUUGUCAAGUGUAAGAAAAAUAUAGAAGAUCAAGUAUCCUUUGUCUUACGUUUUAAAGAGAAAUAGAUCAGAAAAUAACAGAUUGGGAAAGAGGAAGAAAAGAUGAAACAAAAGGAGAGAGGUAUGUUUUAGAUGGUAGAGCGACUUUCUUUACAGAUCGUAUUUGUUGUAAGAAAAUAUGAAUUAAUGGGUGCUUAAUCUCAAUAAUAUUAGGAAAAGAUUUUAAGAGUAACGGCUGUGUAACAUUUUCAAUCUAAAAUAACCCAACAUACGUCUCUUCUUUGCAAACUUUCCAUAUUUUUUUUGCACCUACUUUAUUCAGAUGUACUAAUUAUGUAUAUUCCGUUAGGCCCCUCCCGUAUGAGAAACUCAUAUAUUUAAUUGAUGAAGCCAGUGAGAAAAACAUGAGCACGUCCAUUCUUACUCAGGUGAGUAAACUGGGCACCCAUGGCUGUUCUUUACAGUAAUAGUUGUGAUUCCUUGUCAAAUGUGGUUUGGAUUCAAUUUUGUUUUGAAUAUUUUUAUUGUUUUCGCAAUAUAAGUGCAUAUUGCGAACUGGUUCGUAAUAAAGCCAGAGAUUGCCCACGCAGGGGCUUAAGCAGUAAGUUAUAGCAUUCAUUAAGGUGAACGGUCGCCUACGUAGAGGCUUAAAUGUUAGCACAUAGGAAUAAAUGCAGAUUAUCGCCUGCGCAGAGGCGUAAUGAUCAGAACAUAUAGGCGUACUUGAACUUUGCUGGAAUACAUUUCUAAGCAUUACAGCAUAAAAGGUAACAACAUCCUAUAAUGCGUCAAUCUGAAGUAAACUGUAGCUGAUCAUGCAAUACAUGUAAUGAAGUAUAUAGGCAAACUAAUGCAGUGUUAAAAGAAAUGACCAUCCUAUACUACAAGUGCUGAAGUAUGCCUUAGCUAUUGAUGCGAUACUGGUAGAGGGAUGCAUAAACAAACAAAUUAUAUUACGUGUACAUGGGUUCCCAUAUUAUCGAGAAAUAAACUAGGGUGCCUAUAUGUGAGCCUGUUCCUUGAGCGUCUUCUCAGAAUGUCAGAGUUAACACAUGAUAUAUGUGACUAGAUGAGCGCGGUCAUUUCUGUGUUAAGAUAUAAGCAUAUUAAUAUACAUCGUAUAAUACAACAUUCUGGCUAUUCAAGUAGGCAAUAAUGAAUGGCGUCAAGCUUUUGCCCGUGGGGGCACUACAACAUAACAUAUCCAUUCUGAAGCUGAUGUGUAUAAGUCACCAAAGUAAGUGUCGACAAAGCAGUUACAUAAGAAGCGUUUGUGAACUUGGGUAUAUUCAACACUGAGUGUAGCCAUCUGGCACGGACAGUAACUGAAUGCCCAGUGAAUGAAAGGGAGCAUUUAGAAAAUAAAAAUUAUUCCUGACUGGCAGUCCGAGGGAGGCCCCGCUUGUCUCCGCUGCAGCACAGUCCCAGGGAUGCCGAGCCUCCUUCCGUCACCUCCGCAGUGCCUCCAGCCCACCGGCCGGGUCCAUCGCGGUGCCGUGGGCACUCGGGGGCCGAAACCGUCCACCAGACCCCACCACAAAAGUCCGCGGGCGGCCAGUCCCUUGCACCUCCCCGGCGCCCCGCUGUUCCCUCUGCAGCGCGCACUCCCAUGUCUCUCCCGGUGCCGGCCUCACUCUUGGGGCCGGUGCGCGGCCUCCACAGCCACCGGUCCGCCAGAAGGGUAGCGCACUCCUGCCCCACAGGGCUCACAGCAGCGGGGACAUGGCUCUCCAGGGACCCCCAUACCUAGAGGCCGGGGUACUCACUACUCCUGUGGGUACGGGAGCACCACAGAGGCUCCAUCUGGUGCUCCGCCUUGCCCGAGUCUGCGCGAGCCGUCCAUGCCUUGCCCCGAUGCUGUAUGCGCUGCUCAGCUUCUUCUUCUGGGCUUCCACAGGCUCGUUUCAAUCUCGCCCUGGGUGCUUCCUCUUGAACUGUGUACCCUCUCAACCGUGUCGGCCUCCACAGUCUCUGUGGUCUGUUAUUCUGGCAGGCCUCUUCCUGACUGCCCUUGCCAGUGCAGGGGACCAGCGUGGUGCUCGAGCGGAGAUGUCCGCCUCGGCAUGUGCCGUCCCCAUGAGGCCGGGUUCACCCCCCACCAGCCGGGGGGGGUGGGGCAGGCCCCCGAGCCGGCGUGGUCCCCCAAGGGGAUAGGUGACUCUAUGAUGCAUUGUUCAUCCAAGCGGAUCACCAAUCUCUGAGUCCUGCUCUAGCACCGUCUGAAGUCAGGCUUAUGCUAACAGGUAGGCCAGAUUUAUUUGUGUUAGUGUUCCCAGCGUGCUGUCGGCCCUUUGCAGGUGUCUUUUUAAUGCUGGGGUGCUUCUCUCUUGCAGCAUGCCCAGAUGUCCGAUGUUAGAGUGAGUUAUAUUAGGUUUUGUAGCCUUUGUUUGGGGCUCGUGCUCAGAGCCAUGCUUGUCUGCUUCCAGUCGGCCCAGCGGCCCAGCCCCGCCCCCCUGGAUUCAAUUUUGGAAAAACAGAAUCUUCAAUUACAUAAUAGUUAAAAUGUGGGAUAACUGCUUUUUGAGCCAAGGAAAUAUCUGACUACCACUUUGGAAAAAAGGAUUUUCUUUUUUUUUUUUUUUUUGUGGCACAAUUGGAAAUGUCUUUAAAUCACAUUGGGUACUUCCCUUCUGUUGGAUUAAGAGUAGAGCGAAACAUCUGGGGUGGUUGUUACUGAUAGUUAUUUCAGCCAAUCUUACUAUUUAACAAAGUAAAAUCUUCACACAUCAAACAAAUACCAUUUACUGCAACUAUUUUGAAAGCGCGUUUGGCACCUGAAAUUACAUUUUAUCUACAGAUUAUUAUAUACAUAUUUACAUUCCAUCAAACCCCAUCAAAAACUUGUCAAUCUGCAGUACUGAGUUUGCCCAGGAUUGCAUGUCACCCUAGCACUUAGAGAAUUAAACAGUAUAGAAAGGCACUAGCCGUUAAACACUCUACAGAAAGUGUAAUGUCAUGUGCAGGUAGAACUUCAAAAUUCUGCAAUGGACAGCCUGCUUGUGCCAGGACAGGCUAAAAGAUCUAUAGGGGGAGAGAUCAAGUGCAAGUUCCUCUUCCCACCUAGAUCUGCAGGCACAUCUGUAAAGACAUGUUAAUCACAGUUAAAUUAAAAAUGGUAUAUUUACCCAAUCUUACUUUUUAUUGUGCCAGCCACAUGUGUGCCCAAAAGGUUAACUAGAAACCUAGUUUUUAUAAUAAACAAUGCAAAAAUAACUUUCCAAACUUAUUUAAAAAUAUAUAAAUAUACACACUUUUUAUGACCAGGAAAGUUGAAGUACCUUUCUGCUAAAGUAACAAAAGGAUGAGUUUGUGAAAAAUGUUAUGUUAUGUGAGUUGGUUAAAUUAAUUAUUUUAUCAGUGCUGAAUUACUUUAGUAGAUUGUCGGAUAUAAAUGAGAAUGUGCCAGGCAAGGAUGUAAUUCUAAUGAACAUAUCUACAUUAAAUGGCGGUUGCAUGCAGCCGAGCACAAGAGAGGGUAUAAUGAAAUUACCUGCAUAAUUUCUCCUAUUUUGCACUUAUAUUUCUAUUAUACAUUUCUUUCCCUGCCAUGCCACGUACCUUACCUACAUUUUCAAAGCAAUACAGUUCACCGAAAGCAGUGCCAUACAAGCAAGGUUCUUCCUGCUUAUGUGAUACUACCAAACACCAAAGUAGAUUUAUCCUGUGAGUUGUUGUACUUUAAAAUUCCAGUGUUGGCUUAGUUUGGUCACCUCCCUACCCUCCACCAAAAUCAUUCCUCCCAUGAAAUACAAGUAGCUCUGAGGAAUCUACUGAUGCUUCACAACACACCAUUUUACAACCAUGUACUGCACUGAAUGCCCGUAAUAUGCCAGACUUAAAGUGGCAUAAAUUUAAAGUUUGGAAGUUUUCAAAAUUCCACCUUCCACCCCCUUUUCACCAUCCCUCCUUUUUUCGCCUACUAACACAAUAUUUCCUUGCAUUACACUAGCAGAAUUAUUCACUAAACUGAGAAUUCAAAGUGAAUUGAAAGUUAGUUUCAAAUUUGGGAUGUUACGUGGCAGGAAUGUUUUUCUUAAAGCAAAGAGGCAAUAUCUGGAUAUCGUAUGUUGCCAUGUCAAAAAAUCAACCAAUUUCUGUUCUGUUGCCCACAGGAAAUAAUGGUGUACCUAGCCAUGUACAUGAGGACACAGCCUUCACUGUUUUCUGAGAUGUUCCGCUUGCGUAUUGGACUUAUCAUCCAGGUCAUGGUGACAGAGCUCUCCCAUUCACUGCGCUGCUCUGGUAGGGGACUUCAGAUCAUAUUUUCCAUAUGCUGACACACGCUAAUCUAAAUGAAAACUUCCUAUUUCAGUCUCUAUAGUGUAUCGGCUAAUCUAUUUAUUUGAAAAGGCUGUUUGUAGCUGUAUACUAAUUGCAUUGUACUUUACUAUUUUGUUUUCUUUCUAUGUGAGAAAAUGCUGCAUUUGUAGACGUUAAUAUAAUGAAAACUAAAUGUAUUUAACGUGUGCUAUUAUGUGACAGCAUAAAUGAGAAGGUCCAACAGCAGAAAUGCUAGAUAGGCUUUUGAGUGUCAGUUUUCAAGAGGAAAACCGUAAAAUUGAGAUUCCGAAGCCGGUGUAAGGCAGAUUUUAAUAAAGAGUGCAUCUUUAGUUAAAGGAACACUAUAGGUUCAGGAACAAAAAAUGUAUUCCUGACCCUAUAGUGUUAAAAUUAAUAUCUAACCCCCCUAAUCCCCAUAAAUAUUACCUUUAUUCCAGUCUGGUGGUGCUGGCUCUGAGCCUAAUCCUUAGCUGACCUCUUUAGAAGUGAUAAUCUGAGCCAAUCACAAUGCAUUCCCGUAGGAAAGCAUUGGAUUGGCUGAGAUUGCCACGGAGGUGGGCAAGGGGCGGAGUCAAACACCACCCUGGCCAAUCCGCAUCUUCCCAUAGACGUGCAUUGAUGGGAAUCAAUGCAUGUCUAUGAGAAAAGUUCAGUGUCUCCAUGCAGAGGGUGGAGACACUGAAUGUGUGCAGCACUGACUCAGGAAGCACCUCUAGUAGAUAUCUGAGAAGUGGCCAGUGGAGAUGUCCGUGGGCAGCAAUGUAAACACUGCCUUUUCACUGAAAAAAAAAAAAGUGUUUACUGCAAAAAGCCUGCAGGGACUGAUUUAUACUCACCAGAACAUAUACAUUAAGCUGUAAUUCUUCAGGUGACUAUAGUGUCCCUUUAAAUACAAAAUAAUAGAAAAAACUACAACUUUCCAAAUGCAGAUAAGUUAUUACUAUCACAAUUAAUAAUGGUUUCAUAAAUUAUAAUAAAAUAUUGUCCUGCCAUAUUUGACAGUUUUGCUAGUAAAAUAGUCUCUCAUCCCCCUAUUUUUCUACCAUAGCUGAAGAAGCCACAGAAAGUCUUAUGAAUCUAAGCCCAUCUGACAUGAAGAGUCUACUUCACCACAUCCUGAGCGGGAAGGAAUUUGGUGUGGAGAGAAGUGGUAAGUUAACAUUUUCCAGAAAAUGGUGUUUGAAAGAAUGUUAUCUUUGGGCUAGGCAUUGGGGUAACAGAAUUAUGUUUUUUAGAACGUGACCUCUUUUACCCGUUUACCAAUAUAAUUGCUCUUUGUCUUUAUCAUUCUUGCCUCAGUUCGACCCGUGGAUUCCAAUCCUUCUAUUUCCAUCCAUGGAUUGGAAGGUGUGGGGGCCACAAAGAGUGAGAGAGCUGGCAUCACACGACUGAAAAGUGAGAUAAAACUGGUAAGUAAAAGAUAUUUUAUAUAUAUAUAUAUAUAUAUAUAUAUAUAUAUCUCUUCAAAAGCAUGGUAGAUUCUUUACACAUUUCUUUAACUAUCUGUGUGUCCUUGAUGUGUUUGUGUUCGUUGAGCCAUUGGAGAAGAAUGUUUUGUAAUGUGUCCAUCACUCAUAAGUGUGCUUUUGAUCUCCAGUCACCUAUCACCCUGAAUAUUUUCUAUAUUUUCAUCCGGAAGCUGAAGAAAACAAUUGUAUGCAUAUAAAGUUAAUCCUACCUUAUCCGUAGGGAACUCUUAAAGAGCAGAGGUUAAAGUUGGGACUACUUUGCCUCUGUAUUUCUCCUCCACAUGGCUCUCUUUUAUCCCUACAGCCAAUAUGGCCUUGCCCGCGUUGGACAAGUUCAGGUAAGUAAAUCUCAACUUUACCUGCUCCCCAACCCCACCCGUCGGCGAUCGGACCUCCAGUGGCAAUGUCACCAUUGUUCGACUUUGCGAAUUUGGUACUCAAACAGUGGCAGUGUCACUCUAAGGAGACUCUCGCUCUCCCAGUAGCAAUUCACAGCAGUAAUUCGUCUUCCACCCACAUGGUGGAGAAAUCCCCUGAAAAAAUUCAAGGAGUAAGACAUAAAUUGAAAAAAUAAAUACUGGUAAGUAGAAGAGCACACCUCCACGCUAAGAAAAGAGCCGCCUAACAUAUUUCAUACCACUAGGCUACUACUCAUAGAUUUGUGAUUAUUUUGGAAUAUAGCAAUAAAUUCUAUUUUAUUAAUUAAAAUAUUAUCUACAAUUACAACUGCUGGAUUGAACUUCUGUGUACACGUUUGUAGUGCAUACCUGUACUAUGCAUUUGCCCUUAACCGCUACAGUCUUUAAUCCUUACAUCACACUGUUAUGCCCACCUAAAACAAAUCUGAGUAGUAUUCUUUUAAUUUGUUGAGCUAAUAAGUAGCUUUGUUUCCAGACAUUGUGCAGCUUUGUUUCCUAUAUAUUCCAUUAUAAUGAUCGGUCUUGUCUACAUUUCAAAGUUCUGCAAGAAUUCUAUCAGAACUUCUUUUCAUGUCUACAUAAUGUAAAUAAACAAAUAUCUUCUGUGUUUAUCAAAGUUAGAUAAUUGGUAGCUUUCAGUUAUCAAACUCUGUAUGUAUAAAUCCUACAGGUUUUUAAGCAGAUAUCAUUAUAAUUGGAUAGAGCAGUACUAUCCUUUAUUUCUGUCUCUAGGAUAUAAGCAAUUUGUGAGAUCCAGGUGUUCUUGAUCCAUUUUGCUGUGUACAAUGUAUACAAGCCUCUGGACCAGACACUGAAUAGUCCUUUGGUUUUCUUUGAGGGUUCCCAAGCACAGUGUUAAAUACAAAAGAAGAAAAUGAUUUAGAUGUUAAAGAUCCAGUAUAUGAUGCAUAUUACAUUGCAUAUUAACUAUAUUAAUCAUUAUACUUUUUUUAAUAUAGCAUACAGACAGUUUUUUAUUUGUGUAUUGCUUUCAUAUUUCCACUGAUAUCCCUUCUUUAAAUCCUUAUUAUACUUCUUCAGGAAUCAACUUGCUGAGGUAACGCUCUUCUCAUAAUGCAUUGAGUAUGCAUAACUACCCAUCAGGCCAUACACUUCAUAAUGCAAGUAUUGAUUUGCAUUGUUUGCCAGGCUAUGCCUUGUCAUACUUCCAUAUUUAUGUGUAUGUGACAAUUCCCUUUAUUUCUGAAAUUACCUCUAUAUGAAUACAUACAUAUAAUGAUGGGGUGAAUUCUGAUAACCAUUAGACUGGACAUGAAGACCUAGGUACAGGCUGAAACACUAUCUAGUCAGUUGUCGUGAUAACAGAUUGUUGAAGUAGCUGUUCUGAGUCGUUUUAUAUCUAUGCCAUUGGAAUUGUGGUAAAGUCUACAUACAUAGUUUCUUGAUAGUUAAAAAAAUAAAUGAAAAAGGCUUCCGAUUGUGCAGUAGAAUGCUGAAAUGUAGCUUUUUUGUCUCCAUAAUGUCUGUCCGAAUAUUGUGUUUUUCCCAAAAAGAAUCCAGAUGUGUUUUAACAAAAAUCUAUCUAAUGUGAUAAAACCUUAGUUGAACACUACUACAUAUGUACUAUAAAUGUGGCAACUUUCCGAGCCCUAAAUGAUGGGUUAGUAACUCCUCAGUACAUAUUGCUGAUCAUAAGUGGUAUUUUAGUUAGCCAAAAGUCUGACCAAUCAAUGUUUCAGUACGCUAAGAGCUUUGUCAAAACCCCAUGUAUGUCAAAACACUGACAGUCUUUUGGCUGAAUGAAAUUAAACUUAUGAUCACCACUAUGGAUUAAAGAUUUAUAAUUUUUGGGGGGUUUUGCACUGGGAAUGUACAGAUGAAGAGGAUAUCACCCCACAAUUUCUACUAUGCAUCUGCAUGUUACAAGUUCACUGAUCCCUAGGAUGUUAUUUGUCAGGAAUGCAAACUAAAUUUCAAAAUUUAAGUCAAAGUAACCGAUUUGGAAAAAUGUCAGCUCUUAUUUCAAUUUGAUUAUUUUGGCCCAACACGUGAAUUUCUCUUUGAAUUCAUUUUUGAAAAUCCCAACAAUUCAUCAUUUAGUUACUAACUCUGUAAAUCAGGGCUCAAAAUUUCCCCUCACAGCUAGUCUUUGGUGAGUGAAAAUGUAUCACUUGAGGGGUCCUUCACCUCUGGCUUGUCUGGUAGGAUAGGACAAUACAUUUUAAUCCCUGCAUAAAGGGAUCCUAUUGUGCCAGCAAAACAAAGCUGUUUUCCUGGCAUGAUAGGGUUAAAAGGCCCCCCUCAACCUCCUUCACUCAGGGUCCCAAUCCGUUAGGGUCACUUACCUGAAUCCAGCGCCGAUGUCCCUCGGCACUGGGUCGGGCUCUUCGCACGCACAUUAGACCUCCCCAAAGGAAAGCAUUAUUCAAUGCUUUCUAAUGCGGAAAAUCUAAUGCUGAGGUCCAUGAGGACGUCCAGCGUCCGAUAACGGACCAAAAGUCCUUUAGGAUUCCAGAAGUUCAGACAGCCACAGAGGGCAGACUUAGUGCUGCAAUGUAAACAUUACAGUUCUCUGGAACUGCCAUGUUUAACAUUGCAGCACUGGGUGCAAAAGGGUCAUAGCACCCAGACUACUUCAGUGAGCUGAAGUUGUCUGUUUGCCUACAGUGUCCCUUUAAAUUUUAUACCUGGUACCUCACACCUAUUAUUUUUUUAUUUAUUUAUUUUUGUCGAUUUUUAGAUUAUUUUUUUUUCACUUUCUUUCUUACAAUGCACAACUGUUUUUGUUUCCACUGAGGAUACCACUAUGAAAUGUACAAAUCUUUUCAUGUUGUGAUGCUCAUAUUGAACAGGACACUUGUCACCUCCUGUUCCUAAAUGUGCAUAACUUGUUUUGUCAUUAUUUGUCUUUUACCACCUGUACAACUUCUUUAUAAAUAAUAUUAAAGUGAAUAUCAAUGAAUCACAUGUGUGAUGACUUGAAUGCUUGCUACCUCAUCAUAUGGCUUUAACUCUCUCUUAACAGCUGGAUAAACUUAGGAUGUCUCUGGCUCCUGAGUGCCAGGUGAACUGAUGAGCUACAUUAUAUUUAAUCACUGCUAAGUAUGCACAUGGCUUUUAUAGUCACUGCAUGGGCUGUUCACUGUGGGUGAAUCGCUUAAUUGUGAUCUUACAAAAAUAUAGUGCUGCUUAAAGUAGAUUGCACAAUAAUAAUUAUGCCAAUUAAUGGGUCUGGUGUAUCACUUUCAAACUGGAUUAUUAGGUUUUUGUUAAGCACCUAUUUUUGCACAUAAAAGAAUGGUGGUGAGUAUAUUAAUUCACAGUAAGAAAAUCACUUCAAUUUGGUUGUCUCCUAUGCUAUAAGAAUAAGGAAAAGUGGGAUUUGGCCUGGUAUGUUGUCACUGGUAGCCUAAGUGCAGUAAGUUCCUGAGAGCUGAUUAAAUGAAUUAAACAGAUUGUUAAAAGCUCUUUCUUAGAGCUUUAUGUGCAAGUUACAUUCACUUGAAAGGUUCUCCUGUUAUGAAAUUCUUGGUCAAUCAAAUCUCAUGUAAAGUUCUACCUCUAGAACAGUUAAGUGGGUGCCUAAUAAAGCUGCUGUUAUUCUUGGUCAGACUUUGUUUCUAUGCUUUCAGUGAUGAUUAUGUUAGCACUUAAAAAACUAAAGUAUUUAUAGUAAAAAAUGUCUGACUUUAGUUUGAGAUGUCUUCCCACAAUGCUGGACAUGUUUCCACUAGAGUAGUAAAUGCAUACCAGGUACUGUACCAGUUCAGUCUUUCCCAUAUAAAUAUUUUGUUUUAAUUUAUAUAGUAAUAAUGCAGUUAUACUCUUCGGAUCAGCUUUUAACACCUAAUUAUCGAAGCAGAGAAAUCAUAUGGCUUUAAAUGUGACUAAUAUGUUGUUCGGGGGAUGCUACCAUCCAUGGCUUAGCUAAGCAUAAUCAGCUGCCAAUAGUUUAACUCACAUUUUGUGUUAAUCAUUAACUACUUAUGAAUAGAAUCUGAACUAUUAGCUGUUUCUGUGCUAAUUUGUAUAUCUUUUAUGUUUUCUACAUAGGAUGUGGAUCCUUUCUCCAUGAUGUCAUUGGUAAUAACAUUAUUUUUAGAUAAUAUAUGCUCUUCUCUUCACUAACUGGAAAGUUGGAUAUUUUUCUUUGUGUAGGUUGACAGAUAUAAGGGAAACAAAAACGUCAUACCAACCCUUAAUUAGAGCAAGGCGGUUCUGCUUCUGAUAGUUUAAAGCCUAAGCUUACUGUAGCUGUCUGCCCUCUUCCUGUUGUAAUAAUAACAUAUUUGAAGUUGUACUUCAAAUACGUUCUCAUUAAGUAAAUCCCAUUUAAGUUUGGAUAACACUUUAAGCUAAGGCAGACCAAUGGACUAUGUGAGUCAUAAGCAGCCUACUGAGCUGGAAUUGGUUUGUGUGUGUGUUUUGUUUUUUUCCUGCAGCUCUUUGCAACAUUUUUUUAUUAUAUAUUUUAUAGGUUUUAUUAUAUAUUUGAGCAGAAAGCAAUCACAUUGGAGGCAUGGAACAUUGAAGUAUGUUUCUUCUGCAACCUCCAUGUUCGUCACACCAUGAUAAUAAUUAUGAAUACUUUUCCACAAAACAUGGACAUGCGCAGUUCUGCUCUCACUCAAGGAAGCCAAGGCCAGAAUAAAAUCUUGAUUUCUUUUUCACUAUUUGACUUAAACAACGUAUUAAAAUCUUUAUGGAGAUGUUAAAGGAAUUCACUAUGCACCUAAACAAAUUUAAUUUGACUACUUAAUUUCCAGAACAGAGUAUAAAUGUUGUUUUACUUUCAUGUAUUUUUGCAGAAUGAAAUUUAGUCCUUAAAUCCUCACUAACCCUAAUUUAUAAUCUAGUUGUGAUUACCAGCCUGUAGAGGAGCAUAUUUCUCUAAACCAGUCAUAUCCUAAUUGACUUUAGCUCUCUUAAAAGAGCUUAUAAUUUAAUCUAUACAUUGUGCUAUCAGUUUUGCCAGCAAAUGCAUAUAUUUGCUCCUAAUCCGAUAUAAAAUAGUUUUAUUCUCCUCUCUGUCUCUCAUUUCUUCGGCAGACACUCAAUGCCGAGGAAUUGAGAGCAGAGGAGACCACACGCAGGCUGUCCCUCUGCUCUCCACCCAUAGCAACCACAGCGCAUGCACUGCAGCCAGAAGAUAGGUCCUUAGACCCUGUUACUGGGCUCCUGGAAAGAUAUACGGUUCAGCAAUGCUGCAAAAGGAACUGACUAAAUUCUUUAUUUUUGAACUGGACCUAUCUUUCAACAACACUAAAUUAAAGGAACAAUAUAGGCAUCACAUCAACUUUAGCUUAAUGAAGCGGUUUUGGCGUAUACAUCAUGCCUCAUUGCUCAAUUCUCUGCCAUUUACGAGUUAAAUCACUGUUUAUGCAGCCCUAGACACACCUCCCUUCAUGUAACUUACACAGCCUUGAUAAAACCACUUCCUAUGAAGAGAGCGCUAAUGUUCAAAGUUCCUGUGUUGCACAGUCUGUUUAAUUUAGAAGUUCUUAUCUCUUGCACUAUAGUUCAAUUUACAAAGAAGCAAGUUAAUAUCUGAUUGAAAAGGAAACCAUUUUCUUUCAUGUAGUCACAGCCAGGGUUGGUGUGGCUAGGACCACAUAAACAGAAACAAAAGUGAUUUAACUCCUAAAUAGCAGAUAAUUGAGCAGUGUGACUACAGAGGCAUGAUCUAUAAACCAAAACUACUUCAUUAGGUUAAAGUUUUUAUGUUUUGAUGCCUAUAGUGUCCCUUUAAACUUAUUGUGAGAGAUUCAGAACCAUUCAUAAAACAUAAAGGCAACUGUAACCCACAAUAGAAUAUAUGACACACAUGGGGGAUCCUACAAAAAUCCAAAUUUGAACAUGAAUUUCACAAAAUAUGCAAAACUAUUCAAAUCAAGGUGUCAAUGUAUAUAACCAAGCUUUAACAGACCUCUAUUUUAAACCUGCUUUAUAGCACUAUGUACAUCGGUAUGAAUACUGAACUGUUAUACAGGGUAUGUUUUUAGGUCUUUUGUCUUUGCUGUGUUUAGAAACCUGGUGAUUCUUUUUCUGCUUCUGGUGAUCUCUCCACUUCAAGCAUAUCCGAUAGUGACAGUGGCUACGAUAGUCGUCAGGGGCAGUGGCUCCGUAGGAGGAGAUUGGAUGGGGCACUAAACAGAGUACCUGUUGGAUUCUAUCAGAAAGUAUGGACAAUCUUACAAAAGGUGAGGAAUAUUCCGGAAAAAAAACUAGUCAUGUUUUAUAAAACAACAUUAUGAAAAAUAGUUCCAUAGAAAUAAUAAAUGCUGAGGCAACGGAAUAGAAAACAAAAAUAGCUUCUGCGGAAUCAGCAAUAAAUUGGUACAGCGUAUUGAUUAAUGAAAGCAUUAUAUUCUCUCCUUAAUCGCGAACAUGAGAAAAUAAUUUCCUUCGUGGCCUUAAUAGUUUGAGAUAAUUAAACCAGUCAUAUAGACAGAUAUAGCAGAGAGUGGGUCUGAGCAUUUCCUGUCAUUGAGGAGAGGAAUGAUCUUGACAUAAUUCAUAACAAGUACCAAUAAAAGGGGGUCUCAUAGGUGAUUUUAGUAAAUGUUUGAAUUUUUACCAGAUCAGAGCACCAAAAGGUCCUACUUGGGGUGCAGAGAGAUCCAUUUUGAGGAGAUGUUUACCAUGCAUUUUGACAUUCAUUGCAAAAGUUGUUGAGGGACAACAUAUGGGGUGUUCUGUGAAAAGUAGUACCACCUUGAGACGUGUUUAACCACUAUGGCAGUUUCCUGCAAAUGAUUUAUGCAUUUCUUAAGCAAACAAAAUAUACAUCCAACACUUUAUCUAAAUAAAUAAUGUGACUUAUCUUAAUAGAUAGUGGUAGCCUUCUCCAGGAAUAUCCCAGACUAUAUUCCUUUUAUAUAGUACGAAAAACAGCAAGUAUGUUGGAGAGUAUGGCUGUAGAUCUACAAACAAAGUAAAUGAAACACAAAAGGAACAAAUAUAGUGUGACACUGUUGUAUAAAAAUGAAAUUGCGCAAACACAAAUUGCACUCACUAGAUGUAGUAGAAUAAAUCACAUCUCUGUCAGACGAUUUCUAUGCAAAAUGUUUGUGGUGAAAAUGGGCAGUAUCCAGAAAAUUAAUAUGGCGAUUAAAAGAAUCCAUACAAAAUAGAGAUAUUGUCUGCAAAUCUUACCUGUAUUUGCACAUAAUGUUUUAGGCUGUGGAUACUGGAAAGAUUUUCCCUGUCAAAUGUACUAUCUAGACAACAUAAACACAUUAAUACAGGAAAAGAAGGUGUACACCAAGCAUGUCACACUCAAAGGCUAACACGGGCCAAAUAAACAAGGUUUACGUUUACGUGGGACGCAAAAAAAAAACAAACUUCAGUUUUCCUAGAAAUUUAAGUUUAUUUAAAAAAGUACAGUAUAAAAAAGUUGCCUUACUGACAUUGGAUGUCCUCAUGCUUGAGCUUCAAAGUAAACAAAAAGAGCAAAUUUAUUUUAGGGAAAUGUAUAUUUGCAUAUAACCAAUGUUUCAGUACAGCUACCUUGACAUAUUAAGAAAAGUUUGGUAAUGGGACCGAAAUGGUGAAUGUGUGCUUUUGCACAGCUUAGUUUAGGGAGUGUUGUGGGGGUAUUAGAUCUUGGAUCUAGUCGCUGUCGGUUCCUGGUGGGGGUGUCCGUGACCUGUGUGGGAGAUGGUGUGUGUCUAGUCUUGGGGCUGAACACACUAGCCCUUUUUUUAAUACACUGUCCCCCAUCCCUCCAUUCUAAUACACUGCUCUCGCUCCCACAAUUUAAUACUGCCUUUCCCCCAAUUUAACAGACUGCCCCCCUCCCACAACUCUAAUAACCGCAUACCCCUCCCACCACUAAUAUACUGCCCCCUCCCUCCCUUAAAUUAAUACACUGAACCCCCUCCCUCCCUUAAAUUAAUACACUGAACCCCCCUCCCUAAACACACUGGCCCCCCUCCCUCAAAUUAAUACACUGGCCCCCCUCCCCUCAAAUUAUUACACUGGCCCCCUCCCUCCCUCAAAUUAUUACACUGGACCCCUCCCUCCCUCAAAUUAAUACACUGGCCCUUUACCUCCCUCAAAUUAAUACACUGCCCCUUCACAAUUUAAUACACUGGCCCCCUCCCUCCCCCAAAUUAAUACACUGCCCCCUCCCUUAUAUUAAUACACUGCCCUCUCUCCCCAAUUUAACACACUACACAGGUAGGUCCCCCAAGCUCCUCUUCUCCUACCUUAAGAUGAGCCGCCCAUCCUCCAGUCCUAGCCCUGCUAUGCUCAAUCAGGCCAGACGCUCCUCUGGCACUGUGAGCAGGAGGGAAGGGGGAGUGUCUUUCCUGAUCUGCCGUCAGACCGCCACUCUGCCGUCUUGUGGUCGUGGGAGAGAAGACCAGGAUCAGACAGGAAAGAGUUUUGUGACUGGUUGCAGCCACAGCACAAAUCGACCCCAGGACAGGCGGGCCGCAAAUAUAUUCUGUGUGGGCCACAUGCCGCCUAUGGGUCUCAAGUUUGACAUGCUUGGUGUAGCGCCUGAAGUAUUCUUUAGGAGAAUGUAUGUAGCGACGAGAAAAAUAAAAAAAAUAAAAACAGUGUAGUGAGUUUAAAAACUUCUUGUUAGAGUAAGGAAAAUUAAACAUUGUACACUCACACAUUCCUUAAAGGACACUUCAGUCACUACACCUUCUUUUCCUGUUUUAUCUGACCCCCUAUCGGGGUAGAGAAGAAUCUGUUUUUGGUAAUAAGGAUGCAUUUGGAUUAUGUCCGUAUUGUACAAGUGCAAAUUUUUUCUGUUUUUAUCUAUAAACAAAAUGUGUUUAAUAUAUAAAAAAAAAAUCUUAAUGCUACCAAAUAUCACAUUGAUCUUAUUUUUACCUCAAUAAUGUCUUAUCCUUAAAUUUUUGUUUCUAUAUUUAUAAAAUAAUUGUGCUGCUCUUCAUCUGCCUGUGUUGACUUUUACAAAUAAAUGGCGUGAUAGGAUUCCAUUGUAUAAAUGUAGCACAUACAUAUGAUCUUAAGUCACCAUAAUCACCAGAACAACUGGUGAGUAACACCUAAAUAGUAUUUUUAACAUGAUAUGGUCAGGAAUACAUGUUUGUAUUCCUUUAAUUAAUAUUUGAUCCCAUACAUUGAUUUGUAUAGAAAUAAAAACUGAACAUAAGCCUGAAGUAAGCUGGAACAAUACUUACUAUAUAGAUUCCCUGGUUGCCUGUACCCUUAAAUCAUUAUAUCCAGUCUGCUCUUUGUUUUCUAUUUUCCCUUAUUUCUGGUUUUGGUUUUUUUCCCCACAGUGUCACGGAUUGUCCAUUGAAGGUUAUGUUCUUCCUUCUUCCAGCACACGUGAGGUAAGAAAUUAUGGAUGUAUUGUGAACAUAUGCUUCCAGAGCCACUGUUCAAACCUUGACACUAUUAGAACGAAGGCAAUCUAUGAAAACCAAUUGUAUCACUUCAUGUGAUAUUUUUUUCCCUUCAUCACAUCCCAAUCCUGCAAAUUGCCAAGGAAGAUUUUAUAACAUUAAAUAACUGUUAAACAUUUAAUUUGCAUGGAAACUGCACAUACCACCUGCACAAAUGACUAUAAACUUUAAUCCAGUUGUUGCGUCACAGCACACGCAGCGGUCUGAAAUGUGAAAAUUGUAUAGAGUGUUAUGGAGCAUGUGAGAGUACUCAUAACCUGAGGGGAGGACCUUUUUAAUGGUCUUACCUUAAACCCAACACACUCUAUAACACUGUUGGAGAUUAACAGUUGAGGUUAAUGGGAUGUAUAGCAAUUCUAAUAUAGAGAGAACCUGCUUGUAAUUCUUCCAUUAUCUCCCUUAUAUUAUCAGUGGAUGGACAAUAAUGAUCUAUCAAAGACCUAAACACCUGUUAGUACGCCAUUUCCUUAAUAGUGGCUUUGCCACCUUCUGAAGUCUUGACUCCCUAUGGUGGCAUCCCUGCUUAGCGUGCUGUGUCCAAGAGGUGCAAUAGAAAUUAGUUAUACUUACCUGAUGCUGUCUGCCACAGGCACUGCCAUUAUCAAUCUCCAGUUCCAAGUGCUGCAUCUGUCAGAAGCUCACAUCAGUGCUGAGCUUGCAUAUGCAUGAGAGUACAAUACUGAUGACUAUGGAGGAGGCUGCAGGACCCUCCAAAGAUAUUGUCUUGCAAUGAGCAAGACAAUGUCUUAUUCCCACUGCUGUCGCUAGCAAGUGUCAAAACUUUUUGUUAAGUUAGUGAUUUACUUUUUAAGUUAAUGAUUUCUACUUUGUCUGAUAUCUUUUGACCAGUGUUAAUUUUGUCGACUAACAAUUUUAGUCAAAUUUCAGUUGACUAAAAAUAUUUGCGAUUUAGUCGACUAAAACUAGACUAAAACAAUUCAUAUGACUAAAAAACAACUAAAACUAAAAUGGCUUUUUAGUCAAAAAACUAAGACUAAAACUAAAUUGAAAUGUGCUGCCAACAUUAACACUGCACAGAGGGGCUGUAGAGGGGGCAAAAGAGACAGACCAGGGCUUGGUAAAGAGAUCCUUAAAGGGGCUGUGGAAGGGGCAAAAAGACAGAUGCAUUAACUAAACCCAUUAGAUUUUAAUUGUGUUGACUAAAAUCUACUGAGGAUGUAGUUUGCUAUAACGAGACUAAAACUAAAACAAUUCAGCACAUUAUUUAUGAAUAUUUUUUAAAAUAUAUAUUUUAUCCAUGAAAUGCUUAAUUUCCAAGGUGGGGACACUCAAAACAGUGACAAAGCCUCUUUAUUUAAUUUGUUAAAAUUAUUUUAGGCGUGCAGGGAUAGGUACAAGCUUUUGUAAUGACAUAUGACAAGAUGUAUAAUAACAAUAUAUAAACAUAUAAGGUCAAGAUGUGCUGCACUCCCCCCCCCCUGCCCCCACCCCCAGGCUAGUGAACAUGUACAAAUAGAGAUAGUAAUAUAGGUGUACGUACAGACUAAGUAUUUCUGACAUAGAUUCAUGAAACACGUUAAAUAAACAUAUAGCAUGGUGUAGGUACAACUUAAACUAAGCUUGUCAGGAGAGAGAGCUGUAUAACAUGCUGUCUAUAACAAGUUAACUGAAGUUGCUACUGGGUACUAAUCCCUAUAAAUAGGUGUGUGAAGAAGAGAAGUGGAGGCCCUGCACUGUUAGCUGAUCAAGGCUCUGGUCCAUCCUAUGCCAUAGGUGGGCCAUGCUAGACAGUCUGUGACUGGGCUUGUUUCGUUAUAUGCCUCCAUACUGUGCUCUGCUGUCAGCCCAGUUUCACACUUGCAUAUCCAGGAAGGGGUGCUGCAGCCAAGUGUUGUCUUUCUGAAGGCCCAUGCUUUAAGGGAAACAUUAUCUGCUUCUACAUGGGGUCUUUGUUGUGUGUUGUAGAUUUUUUGGCCCUUGAGAGCUUUUAAGAUAUGGAUAGCCCAUCAUGAGAUCGGGCGAACGGUGAGUAGUACCUUUAUGUUGGUACCCUGUGCAGAGUGAGGUCGGCGCUCUGCCUUGGUCGUCUUUGUCACAGGUUUCAUGGGCACGGUAGCUGCAGAGCUCCGGCUCUGAAUUCUCCUCCAGAACUUCUGGCACAUUCGUUCAAAGUGGGCGUUUAAGUGCUCUCUCCAAGUUUGGAGUGAAUAGCUUUUCAGUAGGAGAGUUUAUGGAGGUCCUUCUGGUUAAUGGAGGUCUUAAGCUCAGGUGAGGCUUCAGGUAGUGCGAUUGUGUGCAAGAAAGCUUAUUUAGGAAGCCUGUAUGCUGGCACACUCAGAGAACACGUCCGGCCAUCUUGGCUGCCUUGCUCCGCCCCUGAGCCACUUUAAAUAAUAGAGAUGACUUGCCUCUGGUCCCUUCUUUACCCUUCACCAAUGUCAAGGUAGUUAGGGGCUUGUGAAUUUGGAAACCGAAGAUUAUGUGGUAAUUUAGGUUCAUAUGUUUGUAAGCAAGCCAAUGUUCUUGGAUUCUUUAGCACACUGCUUGGUGUUAGGCACUGUUUUAUUCAGCAAUCACAAAUACCUCAGCACUUUAUGGUGUGUGUGCCCCCCCCCUCCCCUCCCCCCCCCUCCUGUUGUACACUGGAUGAGGGAUCAGUGGAAGACCACUAAGUAGAUGUUGCCUUAUGUUAUUUUUACAAGCCCCCUUUCCACUAGUAAGCAGAACACCUCUUGGAGGGGGUGGGAGUAACUCCAAUGAUAGCCACAGAAAUGCACUGUAUGGGAGCUUUCUGAAGUAUGGGUCAAACGUGCAAAAUCAUGAAGUGUGGCCUCUAGUGAGUCAAGAGGCCAGUGCACAUUCCUAAAUGGAACACAGAGACUCCAAGAUCGUUAGUGUCCAACCAUUAACAGGGCUAUUCAAGAAUUCAGAGUGAACUUAGACCAAAAUAGCUGAACUGGUAAUAAUAAUCUAUAAGCCACAGAAGCCUUCAAAUUGUCACUUUAGUGAAUAAUGUUGUAGGAUUGAGUUUGUACACAUGGCCAUUAAACAAUUUCCUUUCUUAAAACCGUUGGUUCAGGGGGGAAAAAAAAUCUAGGUAUCUCAAGGGAAUUGGGACUCUUAUAUUUACUACUACAGAGUCUGUUUUGCGGUUAGAUUAGCUUUUAACCAAUUGGUGAAAUCUUUCAUGCAUACCCUAAGCUGUAUUUACGAUAUCUGUAUACGUACCUGUUGUCAGACAUGCACAUUCCCUUAUUUCUGCCUUCAGAUGACACCUGGCGAAUUAAAAUUUUCUGCUCAUGUGGAAUCUGUCCUCAACCGUGUUCCACAACCAGAAUAUCGUCAGCUUCUGGUGGAAGCUAUCUUGGUUUUAACAAUACUUGCUGAUGUGGACAUCCAGAGUGUAGGUGGUAUCAUCCACGUAGAACAGAUCGUGCACACUGCAAAUCAGUUGUUCUGUCAAGAGCAGGUAAUGAGCCUCCACACCUUUCUCCUUUAAUGCUAUAUUUGAUUCCUUUAUUGACUUUACAGAUUAAAUGUUGCAUUUGAUAUAAAGAGCCCAUAUAAUAACUGUCAUAAAUGGUAACAUUGAUCUUUGCCUUCUUGUUUAACCUUUUAAAUGACAUUCAGAAAUGUAAACUUUUCUUCUGAGACUCACUGCUUUGGAAAGGAAAUGUUAACCUGCUGAGACACCAUGAAGAUAGCAUUUUUACCUUUGUUUUGUUAGUGAACUUAUCCCCACAACACUUGUUUACUUUUGUUUGUCUAUUUUUGUUGUUUUGAUGCAGAAGGCGCUUGGGGCAGAUGAUGGAAUGCUAGAAAUCGACCCUGGAACUGGAAUAUGUUGCUUGUUAUAUGACAGCGCCCCCAGUGGACGCUUUGGGACAAUGACUUACCUCUCUAAGUCGGUAGCCAUAACUUUGCAAGAAUCUCUCCCACAAAGUGGUUGCUCGAUGCAGUGACCUAGACAUGUACUGCUGUGCAUUAGCAAUAAAGCUAAUUGUAUCUUUGCACUGUGAUCACUUUAGUGAGGCAGCCUGUGUGAUCUAUCAUACUACGAAUGUAUUUGUGCAGCAUUUUGAAGAAGCAAUAGCAACCCAAGUGGGUUAACAGCUAUAGUUUUGGUUAAGGUAUCAGCAGUUUGGAACUUUGUGGUACAAGUCAGAUUGUGCAUGUAAACACUUUGUAAACAGUUCCAUGUACUACUAAUGUGAACCAAAAAUUAUUUCUCUUUAAAGUGACUCUAUAAACACUGUAACUAUUUCAUCGAAUUGAAUUGUUUAUAGUGCAGGAAGUCUCCAGGGGGUUCUCCUUCCAUUCAGUGUUAAAACAUUUCAAGUAGUUUAACAUUGAAAAGAGGGUCUCUGGCCAUUUACAUAUUUCCUACUAGCCAUACCAAUCUAAUGGGCACUGUAAUAGGUUGAAAGUGGUAAACUGACACUGCCGGUUAAUCACAGAUGCCCGUUGCUGCUGAAGCUAUUGGCCAAGCAGCACAGAGGGUACGAUCUGUUGGGGUCUCUAGUUUAGCAUUAAAAAAUAUUUAACUAUGAAUGGAAGGAUUAAUCCAGACACUAUAACCACUUCAGUGAAGCAGUUACAGUGCCUAAGGUGUCCCUUUAAUGCUGCUAAUAUAUUUCUCUCUCUCUCUCUCUCUCAUUCUUUCUCUCUUGUUUAAGUGCCUCUUUAGCCAUGUAGAUAUUAGUUUUAAAAGAUUAUGGAUGGAACUGUGCAAUAACCAAGAUAUCUAAUCUGUAUACUCAUUUAAACAUAUCAUUAAAACAUAUCCUCAUAAUUAUUUAUUUUGAGCUGGAGGACUUCCUUUGAAAAGCCUUAGAUAAAUCAACUUUUUAUUAAUGUAUUUUUUUGAAUUAAAAAGUUACCAGGCCCUCCUGCUCCAUUUAGUCAUCCACUAACAUAUAGAGGGUUUGAUUACAAAUCCACUGCUAAAAUUAGCUAGCUGUGCCAUGAAAUAUUGAAUCCAAAAGUCCUCUUGGAAAAAUAAACAUUAUGAAACCUAAAAUUUGUUUUUAUUAAACAAUUUUUUAUAUCUUUUCUUUUUUCAUAGUAUUUGAAUGCACAGUGCCCAUUUCCAAUUACCAUCGAUAGUGCUAGUUCCCUUUUUUGAUAAUCACUCCAAGUAAUAAUAAUAAUGAAAACAUUUAAUGAUGUUUUCUGCUAAAAACACAUUUUAAGGGCUGAGGUUUUCCUUAACUGAAUUAAAGCAUAUUUUGCAGAUACAUACAACGGAUAAUCAUCUUAAUAGUCUGCAGAGCCAAAUUAGCCUUUGUACACCUGCUCCUAUAAUUUAAUGGGAACUGUAGUGUUAGAUAAAUAAUAAUAAAAUAAGUUUAUAUAUCUAAUUCAGUACUAAUAAUUGCUUUACAUGUAUGCUGACUGCUGCUACUGAAGUGUCCUUGUGUAAGAGAAACAUACCUUAAAAUGUGUUGUAUGAUUAUGUAAAGUUUAUAUCAUUACUGUGUAUAAUCAUUUUUUUGUUUUUUGUUUUCCAUAUUAUUUUGUAAAAGUCGAUGUUUAAUAUCUACAAAUGUUGAGGCCUUUAGAUCAAAACUUUAACCCCUUAAGGACCAAACUUCUGGAAUAAAAGGGAAUCAUGACCUUAAGGGGUUAAAUGUGAGCAAUUGAUACCUAACAAAAAUGAAACGGUCUUAUAUGAUACCAUAAACGACUUAUUACAUAUAAAUGUGAUCCUUCCAUGUGCAAACUUUUUUUAUUUUGAAUGCACAUUAAUUGACCCAUAUGCUUGUUUGCAUCUUUUUUUUCUUUUUAAUAAGCUAUCAUCUGGACCCUGCAAAUACAAACUUUGUAAGGGUUAUUUACUAAGGUGAGAAUGUUAAGUGAGUUCAAAGUAAACUUAAAAUUGAAGAAGAGAGUAUCCGAUCUAAAAGUAUAGCUGACUUAAAGAAUUUUUCCAGAGUAACUAUUUUGAUUCAAAAAUCACUUGAAUUCUCACUUCAGUGAAUAACUUGUAUGUCUUUUACAGCCCUACAUGUGUAACACCUAUCAUUUCCUUAAAAUGUUGCCAUAUAUUACAUAGCAUAAACCUCUAAAUGUUUUUAUUAUUUCUAUUUUUAAUUAGACUAUUCAUACUCUUCUUGUGGAGUUGACUAGGGAUUCAGUUUUAAGAUAUGAAUAAAAACACUAACCUUUCUUGAUGAUAGAUGUGUUUACUCAAGUUGCAACAUGGCAUAUAAUGGGUUAACAGCUAAUGUUUACAGAGUAUAUGCUCAUGCCUCUGUUUUUUUCCCCCCUUUGUUUUAAUUUUAAUAAAGGUAUCUUAAAUGAUGUA